UGGGCACUUUAGAGCGGAGGUAUAUUGCAGUUGCAGGUCCCUCAGCUGAUGUGAAGGCUGAGAGAGUGGAGCUGGUGCACUGUCUGUUACAACUACAACACUGGAACAAAUAGGUAAUAACAUAAUUUAUAUAUAUCGUUCAGUGGCAUCUUAUUCAAUAGUUUGGGGGGGGGUGUGCUCAUUGAGAAUGUAAUACUGAAAUACUUGUGAAUGGAGAAUCCGUCUCGCGAAAAAAUAUGGUUUCCAAUUGUCAUCUCUCGAAUCAUGUUCCUGCUUUCCUGUGUCUGUGUGAUGCAAGCAGCAAAAAAGGUUCAGAGGCCAUUUCGUUUUGCAACUUGCUUUGCCAUAAACGUACAGAAGGUAGCGCAACAAAAUAAGCUCGCUAACCAAACAAUAACUCACUUGAAUUGGAAAUCGCAUACAGUUAGCCAGUCGGCGAAACAAACCUUUUAGUUAGUUAGUUGGCUACCAGCUAGCUAACGUUAGCUAGCUCGCUAUGUAGCUAUGUAGCAAGUAUCUUGGCAGAAUGUUUUCAGUUAGCAACAUGUGUUAGCCGGUUAACACUAACUUUAGCUACCUAACCCGACAUGGUUCGGGUUAAGGUCAACAUGUAACGUUAGCUACCUAGCUAAUAUCUAACAGUCAGAAUAUUAAAAAGACGCAACUAUAGUUAACGUUAGCAGGCUACCACCUCUCACAACUUGUGUGUUAAAGUUAAGAUAUUGUGUAAUUUUAAUAUGGCAUUCCCAUUAAUAAAGCUAACGUUAGCUAGCUAUGUUUGUUUGCCAACAAUGUUAGCCAACCAGCUAACGUUAGCUAGUUAGGUAAGUAAUUCAUCACGUCAGGCUAGAGAGUGCUGUAAGCAGCUAGCUAACUUAACAAUGCUAACUAGCAGCAAGAAAAACGUUAGCUUCCCAUUUGGCUAGCCAUAGCUAAUCAAGUAAACAUUUGUUUAGUUAGCUACAUAGCUAACAUUACUUUCUUAACUCUUGCGUUUAUUACAUGUCGACAGCUUGUAAAUUACUGAGGCGAUGCAAUAAUAAACAAAACUAGCCAGCGAACUGCCGUUAGCUGUCUAGCUAGAUUGUGGUAGUUUUGUAUUUAGCUACUGUUAGCUAGCUACCAGAUGGGAUAAUGCAGUGUGAAUGUCGUUGGAUGGAGUUUAUCUGACAUUCCCUUUGAACGACACUAUUAAAUUAACGUAGCCAUCCUGUCCUAACAAGAAAGCUAGCUAGCUAACGUUAGCAAGCUUGCUAGCUAGCACAGCUGAAUCCUCUGGUGCGAAGUUAAUAAUAGUCAGUCCGAUGCUGCCGUUUUCGAUGGUAAACUCCGGUAAUUGUUAUUUAGAUGACAUUUGCCAGCCAUUCCCUUUGAUUAAUGAGGUGGAUUCCAUGCAAAAGGUUUUAUUUAGGUACACAUUUUUGUGCUGUUGUCUUGAUUACGUUAGCUGAACGUUUUUAGGACAACAGUCCACCAACUACGCAUUUUCAUGUCACAUAGCUAACGUUACAUUCAUACAUCGCUAGCUAAUAUAUUAUUUGCGGACUAGUCUGUAUUUUUACAUUAAUAACCAGACAUUUUAGCUAAGUCAUACGUUAUCGUUUUACAAUCUGAAAGGUACCAUACUAGGCUCUUUGUCUAUUGGUAGCUAGCUAGCUAACGUUACUGUCACAUUGAAAUUACGGGACCGGGCUGUUUGCUAACCACCUAGCUGGUGCUAACUACGUCAGAAUGAAGGCCUCUUUGUAAAACGAACUUGAAAUAAAUUAGUGUAGGCUAAUAAAAGCUUGUUAUAAUGAAAGCUAUUAUAUUAACCGAAGUAGUGAACUGUCGAUUGUACAGGACUACAGUGGAACAUGGUAAAACACCAAUUGUCAGAGUUGGACGAAUAAAUAAACAAAGACUAGGAUGUACAGUCAGAGAAGGCCUGGCUAAAAUGGCCUUGCAAGCUUGCCAAUUGUUCUUAUUUUGUGAUCAAUAUUGCAGUUCAUUGAGUCUUAACAUGAGUGAUGGCGUGAAGAAUAUGUAGCUAGUUUAUCAGAUUAAGUGUUUUAACACGUGCAUCAUAAUGAACUCCCGAAAAAAAUAUUUUCAAAUUCCACCUUUGAGUCCCCUCGACUCUUAACAUGAGCAUUUUUGCAAUGGGUAAUUAAAGAUCAUACCUCUUGAUCAUGCAUAGCUAUAUGACCAUACAUAUCGGACUCAUAUUUAAUUAAACUCGCGUGUUUAUUAUAGAUGAGCUACUGUAACGUUACAUGGUGAAGGCCCUUUACUGUGAUGUAGCCUAUGAUUUUUGACUUGCUGUGUUUUGAAUGCUAGGCCUGAAAUAUUCAUUUGUCGUUGUGCCAUAUUUCACUGGAUAUUGCUGAAGUGGAUUUGCACGAACUUUAGUGACUCAUUGAUGGUGAUAUUUUUGCUUUAAGAAAUGCAUAGCUAAUUAAUGGCAGCAGAAAUGUAGAGUUCUUUGCAAAUCAUCUUGUUUGUCUACCUACCAUUUUACUGUGUUGACUCUAGGACUGGGAAUUGCCACGGACCUCACGAUAUGAUACUUAGAUGCUGAUACGAUAUGUAUUGUGGUUCUCACAAUUCUAUAUGUAUUGCGAUUCGGUACUGAGAUUUGAUUGCGAGUUGAUGUUACAAAAAUAUUGCUCACCAUAUGUCUGCUGCAGAGUGGCGAGAUGCAUGAGAGAACGAGUUUUGAUCAGUCAUGGAAAUAAGUGCUGAAAACAAAUUGGCUCCCUAUUUAAAAAUAAAUAAAUAAACAAGAUUGAGAACAAGCUAUGAAGGGAAAAUACUUGGGUUUUGGUGCAGGUACAGCAAACAAGCGCUAAAAUUAAUAAUGUGACAUUGUCAAAACUAUACCAUAUAUAUAUACUCAAAUAAUAUCUCUAUGUAAUUUGUCCUGCAUAUUUUUUGUACAUCAAUUAAAAAAGAGAGGCUGCCUUUAAGUUAUUUCACUACAUAGCCUAUUUGUUUGAUAAAAUACACUUUACAAAAAUAUAAUCACAACAUGCAUUAAUUUAAAAGAUUCUACGGAGUUACAGUUCAUAUAAGGAAAUCAGUCAAUAGAAAUAAAUUCAUUAGGACCUAAUCUAUGGAUUUCACAUGACUGGUCUUUACCUAUAGAAAAAUGUACAGGUGUGGAUCAGAAAACCAGUCAGUAUGUGGUGUGACCACCAUUUGCCUCACGCAGUGUGCCACCUCUUCUUCGCAUGCUGUUGAUUGUGGCCUCUGUAAUGUUGUCCCACUCCUCUUCAAUGUCUGUGCGAAGUUGCUGGAUAUUGGCAGGAACUGGAACUGUCAUACACGUCAAUCCAGAGCAUCCCAAACAUGCUCAAUGGGUUAAAUGUCUGAGUAUGCAGGCCAUGGAAGAACUGGGACAUUUUCAGCUUAAAUGAAUUGUGUACAGAUCCUUGCGACAUGAAAGGCACGACAAUGGGCCUCAGGAUCUCGUCACGCUAACUAGGUGCAUUCAAAUUGCCAUCAAUAAAAUGCAAUUGUUUGUUGUCCGUAGCUUAUGCCUGCCCAUACCAUAACCCCACCGCCACCUAUGGGGCAAUCUGUUCACAACAUCAGCAAACCACUCGCCCACACGACGCCAUACACGCUGUCUGCAUCUGCCCGGGACAGUUGAAACUGGGCAGAUGAGAUGGUUUCUGACAGUUUGUGCAGAAAUUCUUCGAUUGUGCAAACCCACAGUUUCAUCGGCUGGACUCAGACAAUCCCACAGGUGAAGAAGCCGGAUGUGGAGGUCCUGGGUUGGCUUCGUUAUACGUGGUCUGCGGUUGUGAGGCCGGUUGGACACUGCCAAAUACUCUAAAACGACAUUGGAGGCAGCUUAUGGUAGAGAAAUGAACAUUCAGUUCUCUGGCAACUGCUCUGGUGGACAUUCCUUCAGUCAGUAUGCCAAUUGCACGCUCCCUCAACUUGAGACAUCUGUGGUGUUGUGUGGCAAAAGUGCACAUUUUAGUGGCUUUUUAUUGUCCCCAGCACAAGGUGCACUUGUGUAAUGAUCAUGCUGUUUAAUCAGCUUCUUGAUAUGCCACAUCUGUCAGGUGGAUGGAUUAUCUUGGCAAAGGAGAAAUGCGCACCUCCAUUCUGUCAGGUAGAAGACAAAUGGGAAUAUCUCGUUUUCAAAAUAAUUUCAUUUGGUGAAUUGAUUCAUUUCAAACUGCAGCAUUUAUCUUGUGAAAUCUAGCGUUUUUUAAAUUUAGCAAUUCAAUUCAGGGUUGAAUCAAGUCUUGCGCAACAAAGAACAGCACGACAUUGGUAUCUCAAUAAUAUCAAGGUUGGAGGGAACUGUCAAUUAUCCUACCCAUGAUUUGAAUUCAUGGCCUGUACGAUAUCACAAUCAUUCUCCUCCAAUAUAACUUGGCUAUAGACGCGUGGGUUGUUUAGCAACAAAACCGAUGCGUUCACAUCUUUUGGGCAAACAACUGUCAACUCCAAAGGAUUAUUGACAUGAACUACCACGUUUCCCCACAUGGCACAUUCUUGCCAUUGUUUCCAGCUACAGUGAGGGGAAAAAAGUAUUUGAUCCCCUGCUGAUUUUGUACGUUUGCCCACUGACAAAGAAAUGAUCAGUCUAUAAUUUUAAUGGUAGGUUUAUUUGAACAGUGGGAGACAGAAUAACAACAACAAAAUCCAGAAAAACGCAUGUCAAAAAUGUUAUAAAUUGAUUUGCAUUUUAAUGAGGGAAAUAAGUAUUUUGACCCCUUCUCAAUCAGAAAGAUUUCUGGCUCCCAGGUGUAUUUUAUACAGGUAACGAGCUGAGAUUAGGAGCACACUCUUAAAGGGAGUGCUCCUAAUCUCAGUUUGUUACCUGUAUAAAAUACACCUGUCCACAGAAGCAAUCAAUCAAUCAGAUUCCAAACUCUCCACCAUGGCCAAUACCAAAGAGCUCUACAAGAUUGUAGACCUACACAAGGCUGGAAUGGGCUACAAGACCAUCGCCAAGCAGCUUGGUGAGAAGGUGACAACAGUUGGUGCGAUUAUUCACAAAUGGAAGAAACACAAAAUAACUGUCAAUCUCCCUCGUCCUGGGGCUCCAUGCAAGAUCUCACCUCGUGGAGUUGCAAUGAUAAUGAGAACGGUGAGGAAUCCGCCCAGAACUACACGGGAGGAUAUUGGGACCAUAGUCACCAAGAAAACAAUUGGUAACACACUACGCCGUGAAGGACUGAAAUCCUGCAGCGCCCGCAAGGUCCCCCUGCUCAAGAAAGCACAUAUACAGGCCCGUCUGAAGUUUGCCAAUGACCAUCUGAAUGAUUCAGAGGAGAACUGGGUGAAAGUGUUGUGGUCAGAUGAGACCAAAAUCGAGCUCUUUGGCAUCAACUCAACUAGCCGUGUUUGGAGGAGGAGGAAUGCUGCCAAUGACCCCAAGAACACCAUCCCCGCGGUCAAACAUGGAGGUGGAAACAUUUCGCUUUGAGGGUGUUUUUCUGCUAAGGGGACAGGACAACUUCACCGCAUCAAAGGGACAAUGGACGGGGCCAUGUACUGUCAAAUCUUGGGUGAGAACCUCCUUCCCUCAGCCAGGGCAUUGAACAUGGGUAGUGGAUGGGUAUUCCAGCAUGACAAUGACCCAAAACACACGGCCAAGGCAACAAAGGAGUGGCUCAAGAAGAAGCACAUUAAGGUCCUAGAGUGGCCUAGCCAGUCUCCAGACCUUAAUCCCAUAGAAAAUCUGUGGAGGAAGCUGAAGGUUCGAGUUGCCAAACAUCAGCCUCGAAACCUUAAUGACUUGGAGAAGAUCUGCAAAGAGGAGUGGGACAAAAUCCCUCCUGAGAUGUGUGCAAACCUGGUGGCUAACUACAAGAAACGUCUGACCUCUGUGAUUGCCAACAAGGGUUUUGCCACCAAGUACUAAGUCAUGUUUUGCAGAGGGGUCAAAUACUUAUUUCCCUCAUUAAAAUGCAAAUCAAUUGAUAACAUUUUUGACAUUCGUUUUUCUGGAUUUUUUUGUUGUUAUUCUGUCUCUCACUGUUCAAAUAAACCUACCAUUAAAAUUAUAGACUGAUCAUGUCUUUGUCAGUGGGCAAACGUACAAAAUCAGCAGGGGAUCAAAUACUUUUUUCCCCUCACUGUAUAUGACCGUUCAAUCAUAAAACACAGCCUUCUGCCCCAUCGAUGCGCGUCAUUUUCAUGACGCUGUCAGGCAACACGUCUACAGCUGGUCUGGCUGGUCAUAUUCACCACUCCCGCAAGGGGGAGUGAAAGUGUGCUUAAUUAGUGAAGUAUUUUGUGUAAUGGUAUUAGUGUAAUUUUAUACGCACACACUCCAUUGUGUAUUGUUACCCCGUAUAUCAUGACCCCCCCCCCCCACCCCACUUUUGUCAAGAAUGCAAAUGGUGGCAGUAGGUGCAUGGAACACCCCCUCUGAGUUGGUUCUCCGAAGACUUAAUGUAUGCUUUCUCCAGUGAUUGAUUGGCUAUGACAAGCAUACCCGCAGACUCUUAGUAAUGGGUUACCCACAGUGAACUGGAGACGAUGUAGACUAAGCAAAAUUGGUGGCAGUUCUCUCUUCUCGGCAUGGCCGUUCUAAUCUAUACUGAACAAAAAAAUAAACGCAACAUUCAAAAAUUAUAAAGAUUUACAGUUCUUAUAAGGAAAUCAGUCAAUUUAAAUAAAUAAAUUAGGCUCUAAUCUAUGGAUUUCACAUGACUGGGCAGUUGCGCAGCAAUGGGUGGGCCUGGGAGGGCAUAGGCCCACCCACUUGGGAGCCAGGCCCAGUCAAUUGGAAUGAGGCCCCCCCCCCCAAACGAACCCACUGUUGGAGGAGCCGGAUGUGGAGGUCCUGAGCUACCGUAGUUACACAUGGUUUGUGGUUGUCAUGCCGGUUGGACGUACUUCCCAAUUCUCUAAAAUAACGGAGGCGUCUUAUGGUAGAGAAAUGAACAUUAAAUUCUCUGGCAACAGCUCUGGUGGACAUUCCUGCAGUCAGCAUGCCAGUUGCACGCUCCCUUAAAGACAUCUGUGACAUUGUGUUGUGUGACACAACUGCACAUUUUAGUGGCCUUUUAUUGUCCCCAGCGCAACGUGCACCUGUUUAAUGAUCAUGCUUUUUAAUCAGCUUCUUUAUAUGUCACACCUGUCUGGAUUAUCUUGACAGGAUAUUUGAGAAAUAAGCUGUUUGUGCGUACAGAACAUUUCUGGGAUCUUUUAUUUGAGCUCAUGAAACAUGGGACCAGCACUUUACAUGCUGCGUUUAUAUUUUUGUUCAGUGUAGGUCUGUUUUCAUGUGCCCAGGAUGACACUUAGCCUAGAUGUGUUUGCUUAUGUGAUCUUGUGAUUUUAAAUCUAUCUGCUUCUUUGUUUUAAGUUUGUUGUGGACAGUCAUUUUGGGCCUGUCGUCAUUGUCUCUCUGAUUGGAUCAAUCCGCCCUCUAUCUUUGGGCUGAUCAGAUUCAGAGCUGUAUGUAGCCGUGUGAUGCGUUUGGCUGAGGCUCAUUGAUCUCGCAGGCUGCCCUGUCCUCCAAACAAAUGGUAAUGUGAGUAAUACAACUGAUCUGUUUGUUAGGCAGGGGCUUGUAUCAUCACAUAAUUUAUCAACAGGCAGCCCAAUUAUAUAUUUUCCACUAAUUGGUCUUUUGACCAAUCACAUUAGAUCUUUUCACUUCAGAUCUUUUUCUGAGCUGAUCUGGUUGAUCCAAAAUGAAUGAAAAAAAGAUUAGUUGUGCUGCCUGUAUAAAUGCAUCCAACGUGGUCCUGAGAGUGAUAAUUUAGAGUGGGGUUGAGGGGCUACUUUUUUUUGAUUCCAACUGCAUCAUUGAUGGCAUCAACAGCUACCACCAACACAUCUGUUCGUUGGAUUUUACUUUGUUUGGGAACGUCACUCACAAGGACGCGUCCUGAUGUCUCACCCAUGAUCUGAUGUGUUUUUCUUAUCCCUCCUCUGUCUAGUGAAUGGUAGUGUCUAGAAAGGGUAUGUCCCUUCAGGAGAGAGGUGCCAAUGUCCAACCGGCCUAAUUCCAAUCCAGGGGGGUCACUGCGCCGUUCACAGAGGAACACUGCUGCGGCCCAGCCACAAGACCAUACAGUCGCGGGAAGGUAAGUCCCCCAGCACAUGUUAUGUGUUCUCACCUGUUUGUGUGUUUUUUUUUUUUUUUUUUAUGUCUUGGAGUCUGUCUGUAUUUUUGUUUGAACAUCUGAGGGCAUGCUUGAAGCUGUUCUCUGCUUUUCUCAAAAUGGCUACAAUUAUUCAUUGAUAUUAGAAUUUUAAUAAGGGCCUAAACCCUAUCAGAGGUGGAGUUAAUGACUUUCAUGCUGUUUAAUUUUUUUAUUUCCAAUGUGUUUUAAGUUGAAGGAAAAGCAUUGUGUGGGUGUAUUUUAUAUGAAUCUACCAGUACAAGUACAUUUAGGUUGUUUUUGCAUGGGGUUCUACUGAGGCAUUCCUAGGAGCAGUACAGGAUGGGGUGGAUAAUGAUCGGUGAAUGACUUGAUGAAGUCUUUUAUUCAUGAUAUGGAGUGAUUACGCAAAACCCAUACUGUCACCUGCUCUUUAAUUCCCAACCUUACAGGUUGCAGUCAGAGCAGGUAAAACAUAAAGCAAAUUCCCCUCCUGAAAGUAGAAGACCUAAAUCUAAGGCUUCCAAAGCUGCACCCAGCUCAGCCUCUGGCCAGUCCAAAGGGCACAGCUCAAGAAGGUACCCCUCCUCUCUCCUUAGCACUCACUGUGUGUUUGUGGGGUCUACUUUAGACUAUCGCGCUUAGAUAAAAAUGUAUUAACUAUUGUUUGUUUUCAAUCUAUUGUGCCCUUGGCUAUUCACUGUAGGCCUAAAUUAUCUGAAUGGAAGCAUUGUACUUGAUCGCUUUGUCUUUCCAGUUUGGAAACUGUGCUAAAAGGUUCUCUUUCUCCUCUCCUCCACCACUCUGGCAGUAGCAGUCUGUCACUGUCUGUGGCUUCAUUUGUGCUGCAAGACGACCCAGAGGCCGCAGGGACAUCAGAGCGAGAGCCAACAGGCCACCAAUCCAAGAGUGAAGGCACCACCCGAGGGUUGAAGAGAAGUUCUGCACCUGACCUCAACAACACCUACACCCCCACCCCAGCCAAGAAGUCCAAAUCCCACCCCCCACCCAGAGACCAUACCACUGAGGCCAAGAAAGGCCCUGCCAAGUCCUCCAAGAAGAGACCCCUGGCUCCAGAACCGCCCGAGCCCACAGGCCGCGGCCAGAGCAGGAAGAGCGGGGCCUCUGGGGCCUCACCGUCCCAGAAACGGAAGAAGGCUGACUCCCUCCCCGGUCUGAGCAGCACUGCUGGGUCCCUCCCCAACCGUACCGACGGCAGAUCUGCAAAACCCACCAAGCUGGCGUCGAAAUCGGCCGCCUCAGCCAAAGCUGGGUGUAGCACCGUGACUGACUCCUCCUCUUCUGCCUCCACCUCGUCCUCCUCCUCCACCGGCGCCAACAGUGCCACCGCCACGCAGGGUGCCAGGCUCAAGCAGGGCAAAGACCAGAACAAGGCACGUCGCUCCCGCUCUGCUUCUAGCCCCUCCCCACGCCGAAGCACCCGUGACAAGGAGCAGGCCAAAGCCGCCGUCUCGUCCAAGUUUGAGUGGGCGGCCCGCUUCAGCCCCAAAGUCAACCUGCCAAAGCCCAAACUGUCCCUACCUGGCUCCUCCAAGACAGAGACCACCUCCAAACCUGGGCCCUCAGGACUACAAGCCAAACUAGCAAGUGAGUCUGUCCUGCCCUCUUCUCAUACCUGUGUGUACCAUUUCAUAUUUCCCAUCAACCAAGGGGGGUUUGGGGUGCUAAUAUUUGUAAUGGGCAGCCAGCCAGGGUCAAAGGGUUGCUGCCCUCAGGUUCGAAGGUUGCAGGGCUGUGUGAGUAGCAGCCUUUGGAGGGUCGGUGUGGUGCUCUGUAGGGGCUCAGGAUAGAGGUUACUCGCCGGGUUUAAAUGUCACAGGACCUGUGUUGCGGCUUAAGUUACAGAAACUCACUCUGCACUGGGACCUGCUGCUGCCGGGGUGACUGCUUCUCACGCCAAGCACACUCCACCCCACACACACACUCCAAGUGGGGAUUAACCCUGCACAGACAGUCGGUGCUGAUAAACAUGCAUGGACAUACACAAACAGAGAGCGAACCUUGUAGAUAAACUCCCACAGACACACGUGUAACUGAUAUAGGCAGUCCCAAUUCGCUUCUUUGUUCCCUUUGGCCCUAACCCUUCCAUGUUUACAGAUCUGGAGGGUCUGGAUUAGUAUAACAGUGUAGUGGUAAACCAUAUUGCUUACGCCUUAAAGAUCUACAAAUAUCUGGCUUCUCAAGGAGCUGGGUGACUUGUUCAGAUUUCAGCUUGUUUCAGUACCAGGCCAGCCUCAAACUGGAAGAUAUAAAUAAUCGGUCUGGUGGCUCAACUGUAGCCUGUUGGACUGUGGAAGGACAGACUGAUUCACUACAGCCGCUCAGGUGUUGGGUAGGUAGUGAAGGGCUCGCAUCAGGAGACUUUUGCUAUCAGAUCAGUCACAAUCAGCCAUGAGGUUACGGAGGUCACACCACAGCGAUGCAUUAUGGGAGUUGUAGUGUAGGAUGAAGGUAAGACUGCGGCUGUGGCGUGUUUUGAAGAAGUGAAUGACAGCACAGCUCCAAUUUGAGUUUAAAGCUCGUAGGUGGGAGGUGUCACGAAUGUAGUGCAUGCGGGCGAUGGGAAGAUGAUCAGUGGUUCAGCGACGGGUCAGUGUGUUCUGGGUUGGGGUAGGGGAUUGUAAGAUGGUAACCGAGGCUGGGCACGCCCAGCUCCAAACGUGCUCACUCUGAGAGGGCCUGACCAGACCGGCCCACCCUGCCUGCUAACAAGCAGGCAUCAUUUUCUCACUGAGGAGGGAGGGGAGCGAAGCGAGUGAUUCACCCACUUGUAUUAAGGGGGAGUGGCACAGAUUGUCACUUCUUGUGCACACUGUCACACACACACUCAACAUCUAUUCUCAGUCUCUGUCGACUCUGCCGCUGUAAUGGUGAGUAAGCCAGAUUGCAUGGUGGGACACGCUGUGAUAGCGUGCAACAGGCUUUCUGCUGUAGCGACAAUACAAUGCCAUUUUGAUUCUUCUGUUUGUGACUACUUGUCUGCAGACAGACCCUGUAUUGUGUGUGUGUUGGGAAAAGGUUAGUCGGCGUGUUGAGACCCUCAGGUUUAGCAUGAAGGUUGUUCUGUUCUAGGUCUGUACUAGUGAGAGAUGGGCUAUUUAUACCCUCUCCCAGCGUCGGUGGCACUGGGCUCUCCACUGAGAAAAACACCAGAGCUGUCUGUGUGUGACACUCUACCCUGUGUGGCUGUUACUGUUAUGAGUGACUGGUGCUGGUCCACUCUGAACCAGUCCUUGCUCUUGACCGCUAUGACACUUGUUAACCCCUAACUACUACUGUACUUAGCCAAGGUGGCUGGCUUCAGUUAAAACCAGGGUUGGGCUAAAAUUCCAGUUUUUCUACUGGAAAAACACUGGUUAUCACUGCCCAAACAGUUUGGAUUGGGUGGAAAAUCUAAGCCACCAUUUGGUUAGUUGGUUUAGUCUACAACCAGUACUAACAUUAUAGAAAGGUGCAUCUCUGCGUAGCUCAAUCAUUUGCAAACAUAUAAUUCCUCUUAAGUGAUGGAAAUGGAUGAACUGGUUACCCUUAUAGAGCAAUCUAAUACGUUUCUAGUGGUCUACUAUCACUGUGGUUUGUUCUGUCUUUUGCCUUGGCUGUUGUUUACUCAUUGGCUCCUUGUUCUGCUCAUCAGGUUUGAGGAAGUCCACUAAGAAGCGCAGCGAGUCUCCUCCAGCAGAGCUCCCCAGCUUUCGGCGGAGCACACGGCAGAAGACCACGGGCUCCUGCGCCAGCACCAGGUACUACAGCCUCCCACUGCUCUCAAUGUCGUCUCAACUUCUCCAGUCUAAAGCCCCUAGUCAAUUGUAGUCGGUUGUAUUUCGGUGUGCACCAAUAUUUUAUGGCAGGGGGUGGCUUCCUUGGCAAUACAUAAUGAAAUUGUCCCUGAGAAGUCGGUCUUUCAGUGCAUACGAAAGUGUGUUGUCAGCCAUAACAUGUUUUAAAGGGGAAAAUCCACUCCAGACAUGGGUUAUAGUCUGUUCUGUGAGUGGGUAAAAUAACUAUUUUCACCAUGAUUUAACUUCUAAGUUGACUGUCUGUGAAAUCAGGAAAUCGUGUUGUAACGCAUCAUCAUGAUAAGGUUCUUGUUACUGGAGAUGGGGAAUAACACACUAUCACAUUUCAUACCGCUUUUAAAACAAUGACCUGCGCUCCAAAUUGCCAAAUCAGCCAAUAGAUGGUACCGGCCUCAAUCUGUCUAUCGUCAUGACAAAAUAUAUAUUUCCCUUAGAUGUGCUCAAACUAAACAGUGGACCAAAUUACUCCGCUCAGUUUUCCAAUGCACCAGGGCAGUGAUUUGGGACAUUGCCCUGUGUAGGGUGCCGUCUUUCGGAUGGAACGUUUAAACGUAUGUCUUGACUCAGUGGUCACAAAAAAUCCCAUGGCACUUGUUAUAAGAGUAGUGAUGUUAACCCCGUUGUCCUGGCUAAAUUCCAUGGCCACCUAAUCAUCCCCAGCCCCUAAUAGGCUCAUUCAUCCCCCCUCUUUUUUUAAAUUUUAUAAUUUCACCUUUAUUUAACCAGGUAAACCAGUUGAGAACAAGUUCUCAUUUACAACUGCGACCUGGCCAAGAUAAAGCAAAGCAGUGCGAUAAAAACAACAACACAGAGUUACAUAUGGGGUAAAACAAAACAUAAAGUCAAAAAUACAACAGAAAAUAUAUACAGUGUGUGCAAAUGUAGCAAGUUAUGGAGGUAAGGCAAUAAAUAGGCUAUAGUGCAAAAUAAUUACAAUUAGUAUUAACACUGGAAUGAUAGAUGUGCAAGAGAUGAUGUGCAAAUAGAGAUACUGGGGUACAAAUGAGCAAAAUGAAUAACAAUAUAGGGAUGAGGUAGUUGGGCGGGCUAAUUUCAGAUGGGCUGUGUACAGGUGCAGUGAUCGGUAAGGUGCUCUGACAACUGAUGCUUAAAGUUAGUGAGGGAGAUAAGAGUCUCCAGCUUCAGAGAUUUUUGCAAUUUGUUCCAGUCAUUGGCAGCAGAGAACUGGAAGGAAUGGCAGCCAAAGGAGGUGUUGGCUUUGGGGAUGACCAGUGAGAGAUACCUGCUGGAGCGCAGACUACGGGUGGGUGUUGCUAUGGUGACCAAUGAGCUAAGAUAAGGCGGGGAUUUGCCUAGCAGUGAUUUAUAGAUGGCCUGGAGCCAGUGGGUUUGGCGACGAAUAUGUAGUGAGGACCAGCCAACAAGAGCGUACAGGUCACAGUGGUGGGUAGUAUAUGGGGCUUUGGAGACAAAACGGAUGGCACUGUGAUAGACUACAUCCAAUUUGCUGAGUAGAGUGUUGGAGGCUAUUUUGUAAAUGACAUCGCCGCAGUCAAGGAUCGGUAGGAUAGUCAGUUUUACGAGGGCAUGUUUGGCAGCAUGAGUGAAGGAGGCUUUGUUGCGAAAUAGGAAACCGAUUCUAGAUUUAACUUUGGAUUGGAGAUUCUUAAUGUGAGUCUGGAAGGAGAGUUUACAGUCUAACCAGACACCUAGAUAUUUGUAGUUGUCCACAUACUCUAGGUCAGACCCGUCGAGAGUAGUGAUUCUAGUCGGGUGGGCGGGUGCAAGCAGCGUUCGGUUGAAGAGCAUGUAUUUAGUUUUACUAGUGUUUAAGAGCAGUUGGAGGCUACUGAAGGAGUGUUGUAUGGCAUUGAAGCUCGUUUGGAGGUUUGUUAACACAGUGUCCAAUGAAGGGCCAGAUGUAUACAAAAUGGUGUCGUCUGCAUAGAGGUGGAUCUGAGAGUCACCAGCAGCAAGAGCGACGUCAUUGAUAUACACAGAGAAAAGAGUCGGCCCAAGAAUUGAACCCUGUGGCACCCCCAUAGACUGCCAUAGGUCCAGACAACAGGCCCUCCGAUUUGACACAUUGAACUCUAUCUGAGAAGUAGUUGGUGAACCAGGCGAGGCAGUCAUUUGAGAAACCAAGGCUACUUAGUCUGCCAAUAAGAAUGUGGUGGUUGACAGAGUCGAAAGCCUUGGCCAGGUCAAUGAAAACGGCUGCACAGUACUGUCUAUUAUCGAUCGCGGUUAUAAUAUCGUUUAGGACCUUGAGCGUGGCUGAAGUGCACCCAUGACCAGCUCGGAAACCGGAUUGCAUAGCGGAGAAGGUACGGUGGGAUUCGAAAUGGUCGGUGAUCUGUUUGUUGACUUGGCUUUCAAAAACUUUUGAAAGGCAGGACAGGAUGGAUAUGGGUCUGUAACAGUUUGGAUCUAGAGUGUCACCCCCUUUGAAGAGGGGGAUGACCGCGGCAUCUUUCCAAUCUCUGGGGAUCUCAGACGUUACGAAAGAGAGGUUGAACAGGCUAGUAAUAGGGGUUGCGACAAUCUCUCCCCUGUAACUAUUCCCCAGGUUGUUGUUGUAAAUGAGAAUGUGUUCUCAGUCAACUUACCUGGUAAAAAAAGAUAUAUCUUGAACUUAACAGCAUGCAAUGCAUGUUUCGCCUCUCCCUACUCGCCCUUGCCUAUGUCUGUGGGAAAGCAUAGAUUCGGUAAAGAGAUCUAUGGAAUUCGACCAAAACAAUGGAAGUUCUAUGGAAACACCACGCACACGUCCUCGUGGGGGAAAGAUUCAGAAUCCCCUUAUUGUUGCCCUUCAAAAUUAGCCUACUUUUAGGCUAUUGUUUGUAUUUUACACAAUGUUGGGGUAAAAAUCUUGAAUGGAUGUUAACACCAAUACAUGUUAACGUCAUCACCAAUCAACGGCAUCACACUUAAAACGUCUUCAACUACCACCACCUAUUUCGAUAUGGCUUGCUAUGCUACCAGCUUAUGCAAAUGGGAGUUAGCAUUUAGCAGACAUUUUUCCAAACCCGAAAAGGACUAAAUAUUAUCCAGCAAAAUUUUGUAGCCACAUUGAGCCUAUUAGAACUCCUAAAUCAUGAAGAAUAUCCACUUUGUUAGAUCAAAGUCUUUGAAUGGCCGCCGAUGACGACAUCUUUGCGCUUUCCCCCGUUCUGCGUUCCAUUGACCUCUUCACCGCAUGUAUGGAAAAGUGCCGUUGCAUUACAACGUCAGCCCCCCCUCCUUGAGGCAGACGAUCUGCAGGUUGAACAUGGUAAGAGUGCAGUUUGUGGAUUUUACAGCGGGCUAGCUACUUCACAUGCUAAUAUUGACUUUGAUAUUAUUGUGUGUAGCUACAUUUGCUAGCUACCUAGCCAGCCAAGAGAGAGCGCGUUGCAUUGUGGGUUUUGUAGUCGACUUGAGUGCAACAGAUUUCCACUACAAUUUUCACACGUUUCUACCAACCUUAUUAUAAUGACAAAGGAAAAUGUAUUCGCUAAAAAUAUUGUUCUCACAUAUUAGUGUUAACGCUGUAAAAAGGAAUUAGUGGUUUUGGGUGGAUUAUUCCUUCAAAGUACAUUUCCAGUGUUUCCAGAUUUCUAAGAGAUAUGACCUAUAAUUCCAAUAUGAGUGAUAGUUUUCCUUCCAAAGAGUUUUUUAAGUGAAUUUUUAAAUAUUUUUCCAAUUUAUUCUGUGGCCACAUGAGUAUCGGACGAGUCGACAUUAUUUUGGUAUGAAGUUUGACAUACACCUUAGCCAAAUACAUACAAGAUGAAGAAGCACAUGCAGGAUUUAAACAGCAAGAUCUCCCGUCACGGACUCAACCGCAACGAACUGUAACGGAUUCCUCAGAUGUGACUCUGGGUGACAACAAGAAGGCUGUGUGUUUUUUCAACAUUAGUGGCUGUUUUCCUCGAAAACAAGACAUUUUAAAGUCUGCUUCAUGUUUUCUUGCCACCGUGCUUCAGAGUGGCGAUGCUGGUAUCAUGACAACCCAACAAUCAACUGCUAAUCUGCCAUUAUGGAGUAUUGUGUGUAGGCCAGUGACAAUCCGUUUUAAAUUCAGGCUGUAACAAAGCACUGUGUAAACCCAAUCAGAAUGUACUCGGAUGAAAAGUUACUGAAAGAAUGGGGCGGCAGGUAGCUUAGUGGUUAAGAGCGUUGUGCCAGUAACCGAAAGGUCGCUGGCUCUAAUCCCCGAGCCGACUAGGUGAAAAAUCUGUCGAUGUGCCCUUGAGCAAGGCACUUAACCCUAAUUGCUCCUGUAAGUCGCUCUGGAUAAGAGCGUCUGCUAAAUGACUAAAAAUGUAAAUGUAAUACAUUUAAACUCAGUUUUUCACAAUUCCUGACAUUUAAUCCUAGUAUAAAUUCCCUGUCUUAGGUCAGUUAGGAUCACCACUUUUAUUUUAAGAAUGUGAAAUGUCAGAAUAAUAGUAGAGUGAUUUAUUUCAGCUUUUAUUUCUUUCAUCACAUUCCCAGUGGGUCAGAAGUUUACAUACACUCAAUUAGUAUUUGGUAGCAUUGCCUUUAAAUCGUUUAACUUGGGUCAAACGUUUCAGGUAGCUUCCCACAAUAAGUUGGGUGAAUUUUGGCCCAUUCCUCCUGACAGAGCUGGUGUAACUGAGUCAGGUUUGUAGGCCUCCUUGCUCGCACACACUUUUUCAGUUCUGCCCACACAUGUUCUAUAGGAUUGAGGUCAGGGCUUUGUGAUGGCCACUCCAAUACCUUGACUUUGUUGUCCUUAAGCCAUUUUGCCACAACUUUGGAAGUAUGCUUGGGGUCAUUGUCCAUUUGGAAGACCCAUUUGCGACCAAGCUUUAACUUCCUGACUGAUGUCUCGAGAUGUUGCUUCAAUAUAUCCACAAAAUGUUCCUUCCUCAUGAUGCCAUCUAUUUUGUGAAGUGCACCAGUCCCUCCUGCAGCAAAGCACCCCCACAGCAUGAUGCUGCCACCCCCGUGCUUCACAGUUGGGAUGGUGUUCUUCGGCUUGCAAAACAAAACCCCUUUUUUCCUCCAAACAUAACGAUGGUCAUUAUGGCCAAACAGCACGAUCGUUGUCCCCGUGUGCAGUUGCUAACCGUAGUCGGUCUUUGUUAUGGCGGUUUUGGAGCAGUGGCUUCUUCCUUGCUGAGCGGCCUUUCAGGUUAUGUCGAUAUAGGACUCGUUUCACUGUGGAUAUAGAUACUUUUGUACCUGUUUCCUCCAGCAUCUUCACAGGGUACUUUGCUGUUGUUCUGGGAUUGAUUUGCACUUUUCGCACCAAAGUAUGUUCAUCUCUAGGAGACAGAACGCGUCUCCAUCCUGAGCGGUAUGACGGCUGCGUGGUCCCAUGAUGUUUAUACUUGCGUACUAUUUGUACAGAUGAACGUGGUACCUUCAGGCGUUUGUAAAUUGCUCCCAAGGAUGAACCAGACUUGUGAAGGUAUGCAAAAAGAAAUUCUGAGGUCUUGGCUGAUUUCUUUUGAUUUUCCCAUGGUGUCAAGCAGAGGCACUGAGUUUGAAGGUAGGCCUUGAAAUACAUCCACAGGUACACCUCCAAUUGACUCAAAUGAUGUCAAUUAGCCUAUCAGAAGAUUCUAAAGCAAUGAUGUCAUUUUCUGGAAUUUUCCAAGCUGUUUAAAGGCACAGUCAACUUAGUGUAUGUAAACUUCUGACCCACUGGAAUUGUGAUACAGUGAAUUAUAAGUGAAAUAAUCUGUCUGUAAACAAUUGUUGGAAAAAUUACUUGGCAUGCCCAAAGCAGAUGUCCUAACCAACUUGCCAAAACUAUAGUUUGUUAACAAGAAAUUUGUGGAGUGGUUGAAAAACAAGUUUUAAUGACUCUAACCUAAGUGUAUGUAAACUACGACUUCAACUGUAUAUAACUUUCAAAAUAGAGAUUUUCACUGGACAGUUUAACCAUUCAGGAAUGUGAACAUGAUUGUUGUCGUUAGCUGCACAUGUCUGCUCGCGUGUGUGUGUGAACAUGCGUUCACAUUGCGAAGUGUGAGUCAGAGGUGCCUUAUGACCAGGAAUGUCAGUUGUGUGCUGUCUCGUGUUUGACUGUGGGCUCUGUGUGGUCUAGUUGUUUGCUGCGCAGUCACUCACUGUCCCCCUCUGCCCUUUUCUCCCCCCCUGUCUGUGCAGUCGGCGAGGCUCAGGCCUGGGCAAGCGUGGGGCAGCCGAAGCUCGCCGACAGGAGAAGAUGGCCGACUCGGACAACAACCAGGACGGGGCCAACUCCUCGGCCGCCCGCACUGACGAGGCCCCGCAGGGGGCUUCAGGUACAGGUACCUACUGCUGCCAGGGCACAGAGUUUUUCCUUCUCAGUUCGCAUGGUCAGGAAAAACUCAGUGCUACGCCUAUAAUGGUACGCUACCUGCUUGUGGUAGCAGAGAUUCUCUCCCCUUGGCCCUUAGUGGAUCAAAACAUUUGGACUAUCCCAAUAAUUUCUGGUAUGUGUUUGGUCUAAACGCAUAGGAGCCAGCCAAAGCUUGGUGUAGCCUCUGCUUGGAUUGUGUGUGUUCACUAAAAUAUCAUGGACUUUAUUCCUAGGCCAGCCUGGGUUUGUAUACCCUUUACCUUAUCUGAGAGAAAUCGGUUGUCAUUUUGAUGAUGAAAAUGGCGGUUUAACUGUCCUUGUGUUUUUUUUUCUUUUUUUCUCCAGCUUCUAGCUCAGUGGCCGGCGCUGUAGGGAUGACCACAUCCGGUGAGAGCGAGUCGGAUGACUCUGAAAUGGGCAGACUCCAAGGUAUGAAGAUCACAGCUUUCCUUAGAUACAGGUGCCAAUGUCCCUGUCUAAAAAUAGUUCCCUGUCAGCCCUUGUUGGUGUUGUGGGGUCUUUGGUUGUUGUCUAACCUAUCUGUUUUCUCCCCACAGCCCUGCUGGAGGCCAGGGGUCUACCCCCACACCUCUUUGGGCCCUUGGGACCCCGCAUGUCCCAGCUGUUUCACAGAACCAUAGGCAGUGGAGCCAGUGAGUACUACACUGUCUAUGUCCAGAAUCCAUUUAAUUAGCUCUUAACAUCUGUGAGCAGGGUCUUUCCAUUCUCUCUCAGGGGAGGCAUGAAGAGUUCACUUAUGUCUGUCUAUAUUCUUCUAACCCGCUAUUCACUCAACUGUAAUCCAAGUGUAUGCUCACUGUAUUCCUGGCAGGGAACAUAUUAAAAACGUUUCUCCGAGGAGGAGUGCUGAUCCCCCUCGCCAUAUAAUCUCAUUCAGUUUGAUCUUAACGGCUAAACUGAUUCUAUAUCAGCACUCCUACUCUUGCGAAUACUGGCCCUGCUGUUUAGUCUCUACUCUGACCUGCUUUAUCCCUCCUCUCCUCCCAGGCUCCAAGGCUCAGCAGCUGCUGCAGGGCCUGCAGGCCACCGGCGACGAGUCCCAGCAGCUCCAGGCCGCCAUCGAGAUGUGCCAGCUGCUGGUGAUGGGCAACGAGGAGACGCUAGGAGGCUUCCCUGUGAAGAGCGUGGUGCCCGCUCUGGUGAGUCACUCAAUGCUUUGUCCACCUUUUUGUCUUAAGUCAUUUUACACAGUGUCUUGAUUUGCCAAGUCUCUUAAUCCCCUCUUAUCUUCCUCACAGAUCACAUUGUUGCAGAUGGAGCAUAACUUUGACAUUGUGAGUAUCCUGAGCUUAUAUCUUUGGGGGGGAACCCAGUAAUUUAUUUUCACCAUGGCAUUAGCCCUACAGUGCAGGUGCUGAAAUGUUUCGCAAUGAAUGUGAAACACUGCAGUCCGUCUCCUAGUUAUAUUUUGUUGCAAGAAACUGUACCUCAGCACAGUGUUUUAACUGUAUGGUUCCAGCCAACAUGGUUGCCUUGUGGUUAUGCUUGUGAAAACUAUCUUACCCCGUGCCUCUGCUCAGAUGAACCACGCCUCACGUGCUCUCACUUACAUGAUGGAGGCGCUGCCUCGGUCCUCUGCUGUGGUCGUGGACGCCAUCCCCGUCUUCCUGGAAAAGGUAGGAUGACCCCCUCUGCUCAGGUUCAGUAGGCACUAAACACACGCUUUGAAAUGGAAACGUUCUCAUUAAAGUUUAAGUACUACCUAGUCUUUUGAAAACAUGUCCCACCAAUUCAUGCCUACUGAAUGCAACCCAAGUAUUUCUAGCCCACACGUUGUUCUGAUUUUGUCUUCCAUUUCUGUCAUUCUCUCACGUUCAUUUUACCUCAUAGACCCAUUAGCAUAUCCACCACCGGUUUAUCUCUCUCUCUCUCCUCUCUUUGCCUGCAGCUUCAGGUGAUCCAAUUCAUUGACGUGGCGGAGCAGGCCCUGACUGCCUUGGAGAUGUUGUCAAGGCGACACAGCAAAGCCAUCCUGCAGGCUGUAAGUGUUGCUCCCUCUCUCCCACUUGUGGCUCAGCUCUGCCUCUCUCUCUCAUGUCAUCUCUGCUCCCUACCAGGCUCUCAUGGGCUCACCUUAAAAUAAGUGUUGAUGGUAGUGGCUGUAUGAUAGAUGUGCAGCAGGGUUUCUGUUAGCUGGAAAUAGACUGCUUUUGAAAACAAUAAUAAAUAAUAGUUGAUAAAUAGAAAUGUUGCUGGCCAAAAAGACUGGGAUAAGCAAUAUGCUUUUUUUAUUCAUUGAUUAAAAUACUAGUCGAUGGAAAUAUAGUUGACCAUCAUGCUUAUCAGUCUAUAGGUUAAUUAGCAUACUUUUUAUUAAAUUGGCCUGUAUUUUCGUCUAUCACACGCGCACUGCAAUCAGCCUAUUUUGAGAGGGAUUUCUCCUGCAACUCCUCAGCUGGUUGCUGCUGGAGUAAAACAUGCUUUUAUAAGCCCAUUGUGCAACACUUCUAAAUUCAAUCGCUUGUUAACAGUUUUGGUGCACAAUCUAAAAAUAGCUAUUUUGAUUUCUCAACUUGUAAUUGAUGCACACCUCCCAUUCACCGUUCAAGUGCAGGCAACAGGCUAUCAGCACAUCACACACCACUUUACAAUGUGAGCUGGAGGCAGUAUGCAUUUUGAGAACAUAAUUCAUUGUUUGAAACCUGAAUGUUUUAUUUAAUAUUAUGAGGCAUGCCUUACCUUGCUUCAAAGUAGCCUAUAGCCAAAAUCCCACCAUGAAAACGUGGAGGCAAUUCUUUUAUAAAGACUUCAUAGGCGUUGUGUGAGUUAAGUUUGGGGGAGCUUAAAAUGUAUCCUUCCAUUUCUACCGUUCUGCAUGCCAGUUACGAUUUUCAUAUGCUCAUUUUUGUGGAACAGUCAUUUAAAUAAUAAUUUUUGUUUCUCCAUCAUUGUCACAUGAUUACUCAUAAAAAUCUGAAUUAAUCAUUAAAAAGACAACUAAUGCGAGAUCACCAGCCUCUACCCUAUGGACACAUUGAUACACCGUGAUCCAUAGUCGGCUAAAGAAAUGAGGGCAUUGGAACUCGUAGUCUAUAGGCCAACGCAGCAGUAGACCUGUAACUUCCAUUGCUCUUUCACACUGGAGAUUGGUGAUUAUCGAGGGGGGAGAUUGUUGGAAAGAUUUUUCAAAUAGCUUACUGUGAGGAGAAUGAGAAUGGUAAAUGACUGUAAUACAUGCAUUUGGAAAGAAGUAGAAUGUGCUCAACCAAUGUGAGUAGAGGUACAACCUAAAAAUCUGUACGCAUCAUUGGACAGGAAAAGGCACAACGCUCACUCGCCAUUAAAACUAUGUAGUUUUAUUAGACUAGUUUAAAAGAUAGAAGUUUCAACCUUCAGAAUCAAUAUAUGCAGUAACAGAAAUGUAUGUAACCAAAUUACCGGGAUUAACGGUACGUUUACUACUGGUGACGUACACUACAUGACCAAGUAUGUGGACACCUGCUCGUCAACCAUCUCAUUCCAAUAUCAUGGACAUUAAUAUGGAGUUGAUUUUCCCCCCUUUGCUGCUAUAACAGCCUCCACUCUUCUGGGAAGGCUUUCCACUAGAUGUUGGAACAUUGCUGCAGGGACUUGCUUCAAUUCAGCCACGAGCAUUAGUGAUGUCGGGUACUGAUGUUGGGUGAUUUAGGCCUGGCUCGUAGUCGGCGUUCCAAUUCAUCCCAAAGGUGGUUGAUGGGGUCAGGGUUCUGUGCAGGCCAGUCAAGUUCUUCCACACCGAUCUCGACAAACCAUUUCUGUAUGGACCUCGCUUUGUGGACGGGGGCAUUGUCAUGCUGAAACAGGAAAGGGCAUUCCCUGAACUGUUGCCACAAAGAUGAAGCACAGAAUUGUUGAGAAUGCUCAGCGUUCAACCCCAUAGUGCCCUCAAAGCUCAUCACUAAGCUAAGGACCCUGGGACUAAACACCUCCCUCUGCAACUGGAUCCUAGACUUCCUGACGGGCCGUCCCCAUCUGCAACGCUGAUCCUCAACACGGGGCCCCUCCUGUACUCCCUAUUCAUCCAUGACUGCAUGGGCAGGCACGACUCCAACACCAUCACUAAGUUUGCAGAUGACACAAGUGGUAGGCCUGAUCACCGACAACGAUGAGACAGCCGAUAGGGAGGAGGUCAGAGACCUGGCCGUGUGGUGCCAGGAUAACACUCUCUCCCUCAACGUGACCUUCGAAAGCAUCCUGACUGGUUGCAUCACUGCCUGGUAUGGAAACUGCUCGGCCUCCGACCGCAAGGCACUACAGAGGGUAGUGCGUACGGCCCAGUACAUCACUGGGGCCAAGCUUCCUGCCAUCCAGGACCUCUAUACCAGGCGGUGUCAGAGGAAGGCCCUAAAAAUGGUCAGACUCCAGCCACCAUAGUCAGACUGUUCUCCCUGCUACCGCACGGCAAGCUGUACCAGAGCGCCAAGUCUAGGUCCAAAAUGCUUCUUAACAGCUACUAUCCCCAAGCCAUAAGACUCCUGAACAGCUAAUCAAAUGGCUACCUGGACUAUUUGCAUUGUCCCCCCUCUUUUACGCUGCUGCUACUCUCAGAUUAUUAUCUAUGCAUAGUCAUUUUAACUCUACCUACAUGUACACUACCGGUCCAAAGUUUUAGAACACCUACUCAUUCAAGGGUUUUUUCUUUAUUUGUACUGUUUUCUACAUUGUAGAAUAAUAGUGAAGACAUCAAAACUAUGAAAUAACACAUGGAAUCAUGUAGUAACCAAAAAAGUGUUAAACAAAUCAAAAUAUCUUUGAGAUUCUUCAAAUAGCCACCCUUUGCCUUGACAGCUUUGCACACUCUUGGCAUUAUCUCAACCAGCUUCAUGAGGUAGUCACCUGGAAUGCAUUUCAAUUAACAGGUGUGCCUUAAGUUCAUUUGUGGUAUUUCUUUCUUCCUUAAUGCGUUUGAGCCAAUCAGUUGUGUUGUGACAAGGUAAGGGGGGUUACACAGAAGAUAGCCCUAUUUGGUAAAAGACCAAGUCCAUGUUAUUUCAAGAACAGCUCAAAUAAGCAAAGAGAAACAACAGUCCAUCAUUACUUUAAGACAUGAAGGUCAGUCAAUACGGAACAUUUCAAGAACUUUGAACGUUUCUUCAACUGCAGUCGCAAAAAUCAUCAAGUGCUAUGAUGAAACUGGCUCUGAGGACCGCCACAGGAAUGGAAGACCCAGAGUUACCUCUGCUGCAGAGGAUAAGGUCAUUAGUUACCAGCCUCAGAAAUUGCAGCCCAAAUAAAUGCUUCAGAGUUCAAGUAAUAGACACAUCUCCACAUCAACAGUUCAGAGGAGACUAUGUGAAUCAGGCCUUCAUGGUCGAAUUGCUGCAACUAAACUACUACUAAAGGACACCAAUAAGAAGAAGACUUGCUUGGGCCAAGAAACACGAGAAAUUGACAUUUAGACUGGUGGAAAUGUGUCAUUUGUUCUGGAGUCCAAAUUUGAGAUUUUUGGUUCCAACCGCCGUUUCUUUGUGAGACAUGGUGUGGGUGAACGGAUGAUCUCUGCAUGUGUAGUUCCCACCUUAAAGCAUGGAGGAGGAGGUGUUAUGGUGUAGUGGUGCUUUGCUGGUGACACUGUGAUUUACUUAGAAUUCAAGGCACACUUAACCAGAAUGGCUACCACAGCAUUCUGCAGCGAUACGCCAUCCCAUCUGGUUUGGGCUAUCAUUUGUUUUUCAACAGGACAAUGACCCAACACACCUCCAGGCUGUGUAAGGGCUAUUUUACCAAGAAGGAGAGUGAUGGAGUGCUGCAUCAGAUGACCUGGCCUCCACAGUCCCCCGACCUCAAACAAAUUCAGAUGGUUUGGGAUGAGUCGGACCGCAGAGUGAAGGAAAAGCAGCCAACAACUGCUCAGCAUAUGUGGGAACUCCGUCAAGACUGUUGGAAAAUCAUUCCAGGUGAAGCUGGUUGAGAGAAUGUCAAGAUUCUGCAAAGCUGUCAUCAAGGCAAAGGGUGGCUAUUUGAAGUAUAAAAUAUAUUUAGAUUGUUUAACACUUUUUCUCAAUACUACAUGAUUCCAUAUGUGUUAUUUCGUAGUUUUGAUGUCUUCACUAUUAUUCUAUAAUGUAGGAAAUAGUUUAAAAAUAGAAAAACCCUGUUCUAAAACCUUUGACCGGUAGUGUACAUUACCUAAAUUACCAUGACUAACCUGUGCCCCCACACAUUGACUUUGUACCGGUUCCCCCUGUUUAUAGCUUCGCUACUGUUAUUUUACUGCUGCUCUUUAAUUAUUUCUUAUUUUUUACUUAUCUAUUUUUUUACUUAACACUUAUUUUUCUUAACUGCAUUGUUGGUUAAGCGCUUGUAAGUAAGCAUUUCACUGUUGUAUUCGGUGCAUGUGACAAAUAAAAAUUUAUUUGAAUUGAUUGUCAUUGAAUGCUGUAGCAUUAAGAGUUCCCUUCACUGGAAUUAAGGGGCCUAGCCCGAACCAUGAAAAACUGACCAGACCAUUAUUCCUCCUCCACCAAACCUUAGUGGUGCUAUGCAUUGGGGCAGGUAGCAUUCGCUUGGCAUCCGCCAAACCCAGAUUAGUCCGUCGGACUGCCAGAUGGUGAAGCGCAAUUCAUCACUCCAGAGAAUGCGUUUCCGCUGCUCCACCGAGUCCAAUGGCGGCGAGCUUUACACCAUUUCAGCCGACGCUUGCCGUUGCGCAUGGUGCUCUUAGGCUUGUGUGCGGCUGCUCGUCCAUGGAAACCCAUUUCAUGAAGCUCCCGACGAACAGUUGUUGGAGCACUCUAUUUUGAAAGGUAGAUCUGUCCCAUCUAUCCCUAUCCUUGUGUAUAACUGUGUGGUGUUUCCUGUGUCGUGCAGGGUGGCCUGGCUGACUGUCUGCUGUACCUGGAGUUCUUCAGCAUCAACGCCCAGAGGAACGCCCUGGCCAUUGCCGCCAACUGCUGCCAGAGCAUCACCCCUGACGAGUUCCACUUUGUCUCUGACUCUCUGCCACUGCUGACCCAGAGACUCACACACCAGGUACACACUCAUUCACCUUUUACAUGCUCUGCUAUAUUGCAGGUGAGGUUGGUGUUGUCUGUGGCAUGUUACCUGUGAAGAUGUCAAUUGUUUGUGGUUAUUCUCCCCCCCCCCCCCCCGUACAGGAUAAGAAAUCCGUCGAAAGCACUUGUCUCUGUUUUGCCAGACUGGUGGAUAACUUUCAACAUGAGGAGGUGAGUGAAGCGGUUGUACUCAACACAUUUCUAUGGCUCUAACAUCGCUCACCCUCCUGAGCAGACCCGUGAUGACAUCAUCACAAUGACUGACCCUUGACCUCUGUGUGACCGCUGUCCACAGAACCUGCUGCAGCAGGUGGCCACGCGGGACCUGUUGACCAACAUCCAGCAGCUGCUGGUGGUCACCCCGCCCGUGCUCAGCUCGGGCAUGUUCAUCAUGGUGGUGCGCAUGUUCUCCCUCAUGUGCUCCAACUGCCCCUGUCUGGCCGUGCAGCUCAUGAAGCAGAGUGAGUGGCUCACACAGACCGACACGCGCACACACACACACACACGCUUUUUAUCGGUACGUAUUUACACUGCACACUUGAAUAAAGCCUAACAAUGCAGCUUACAAAAUCUUGGGAAAGUUAAAUGUAUAAAGACAGUCUAAAUGCCUCCAAGGCUAAAGUCCCUGACUGUGUCUAAGCCAAUAGCCUGUGGAAAGAGUGAAAACUAAGGACGUUGUCUUUGUUCAGAUAUCGCAGAGACUCUGCGUUUCCUUCUGUGCGGAGCGGCCAACGGUAGCUGCCAGGAGCAGAUUGACCUAGUGCCCCGGAGCCCCCAGGAGCUCUACGAACUCACCUCACUCAUCUGGUAAUGAACCACCCCCUCUGCUGCUGCUCUCAACCUUAACAACCUUUUCUACCUAAAUGGUGGACGUGCAUAAAGAUGGCGGCCUCCAUGCACGCACCACAGAUGCCUUGUUUGUGAAGUGCACUGAUGCACUUUGCUAACUGUCUUUCUGUUGUCCUCCCCCCCCACCAGCGAGCUGAUGCCCUGCCUGCCCAGAGAGGGCAUCUUUGCUGUGGACCUCAUGCUGAAGAAGGGCAGUGCCCAGGCCACAGAGGGGGCCAUCUGGCAGUGGAGGGACGACCGGGGCCUGUGGCACCCCUACAACCGCAUCGACAGCCGCAUCAUUGAGGUAAAGAACAGACAUGCCGCUCCGCUCCAUUAUAGGGACUUUCCUUUCAACCAGACUUGGGGCUCAGAGUUUUUCCUCUUCAGGCGGUCAGGAAAAACUCUUGGCCCUACCUAUACUACAACAAAGUAGACUGUCUUCAUAUGUUAUGAGCUGUGUGAAUCCCCUGCGUAGCCCAGUGUUACACUAACGUCUGGGGGUGUCUGGUUCUCUCUUCCUCUCCAGACGGCCCACCAGAACGGAGAGGACGAGAUCAGCCUGUCCACCCUGGGCCGCGUCUACACCAUCGACUUCAACUCUAUGCAGCAGAUCAACGAGGACACUGGCACAGCACGGGGUAUCCAGAGGAAACCCAACCCCUUAGCCAACCCCACUACUGGUGAGAGACACACCACCAUUACCUCUAGUCAUAGACUAUCCCCAAACUGGUGUCCGUUGUAUGUGUCUCAUGUCAGUUGAUGUAGUAUGAUGCCCUGAUUGGUUCUGAGACUAGCUCUAUUCACCUGCAAAGAUACAUCUAUAUAUGGCGCUAUAGACACAGUGGAGAAGGGGUCACUGCCCCAAGUUAUUGGUUAUUUUUUAUUGAACCUUUUGAACCAAGUAGUCCCAUUGAGGGCAGAUUACCUCUUUCCCAAUGGAGACAUGCUCAAGAGAGAUAGCUCUUGAAGCAUCUCUUUGUAAACUCUUGUGAAAUUGAACAGGGUGCUGCUUUGUGUCUUCUGCACUAGCUGAUGGAAUCCAAUAUCUCCUUUGAGUCAAAAUAACUAUCAAAUCUUACAUGAGUUUUCCCAUCUGUCUGUCCCCCAGGGGGUCUCCAGGAGGUGAGGCGGGAGGAUGCACGGGCCCAGCUGAUGAAGGAGGACCCUGAGCUGGCCAAGUGCUUCAUCAAGACCCUGUUCGGGGUGCUGUACGAAGUGUACAGCUCGUCGGCGGGCCCAGCCGUCAGACAUAAGUGCCUCCGAGCCAUUCUCAGGAUCAUCUUCUUUGCCGAUGCCGAGCUCCUCAAGGAUGUGCUGAGGAACCACGCUGUGUCCAGGUGAACUUUUACGCACAACGUUGGGGGGCUCUUGAGUCAAGAUGGCUGCCUCCAUGGACAAAAAUAAAUAGCCAGUAUGGCAUGUGUCUUUUAUACUACAGCUUAACCUCAGUGUUUUUUUGUUUCCUUCUCCCAGUCACAUUGCCUCCAUGCUGUCCAGCCAGGACCUGAAGAUUGUAGUGGGCUCUCUGCAGAUGGCUGAGAUCCUCAUGCAGAAGCUGCCCGACGUAUUCAGUGUCUUUUUCAGAAGAGAAGGUAAUGGAUCCUGCCUGAGCCUGUCUGCGUCACCUCCCCAGAGCAGCUGACCUGUAAUGAUCCAAAACACCCAGCUGAAACGCAGCUCUUUUCUAGCACCAGGAGCUGCUGUUCAGAUGACCUGUUAUGAUGGGUCCUCCACUGCUAUUUGAGCUUCGAUGUAUUUUAGCAAAGUCAUAACACUGAGGUCAUAAAAGUCAGAUGUCACACCACAAUGUACUUAUGUCAUGGACCACAGAAAGCUGUUUAUCAAGCUAAAUGUAAUAGAUUUCCCCUGAUAUAUUGAAUCACAAUUUCUGACACCAUCCUCGUCAAUAUCAGAUAAUUGGGAAAAAGGGGAAUUUCAAUGUAUUCCAUCUCCCCUCACCUCUGCCCCCCCUCCUCUCUCCAGGUGUGAUGCACCAGGUGAAGAACCUGGCUGAGUCUGAGGCCUUCCUCACCAGUCCCCCAAAGGCGUGCACCAGCGGCACGGCUAGCCUGUGUACCACCACCAUCAGCACUGCGACCACUACUGUGGCCACCAACGCCACCCCAGACCUGGGCUCACCUAGCUUCCAGCACAGCAUGGACGACUCACUAGACCUCAGCCCACAGGGGUGAGUGCACGAAUACUAAAUACCGUGAAUGUGCACGUAUGAGAGGUCAGAUAGCACACACAAGUACACUCACACACACUCCUCCAUAGAACAACAUUUAUCUCUCCCUCUCUCCUAGACGGUUAAGUGAUGUGCUGAAGAGAAAACGUCUGCCUAAGAGAGGGCCCAGAAGGCCCAAGUAUUCUCCUCCCAGGGACGACGACAAAGUAGACAAUCAGGGUAAUUGUUAUUGGAACUCUCAUAUACAAUCUCUAAGAAUGGAUGCAAAUGGUUCUCACAGGUGAUACAAGUAAUGCUAAAUGUCAAUGAUACAUUUGUAGUACUAAAUGUAAAAUUCCUUGUGGAAUAUACACUACAUUACCAAAAGUAUGUGGACACCUGCCGAACAUCUCGUUCCAAAAUCAUGGGCAUUAAUAUGGAGUUGGUCCGCCUUUGCUGCUAUAACAGCCUCCACUCUUUUGAGAAGGAUUUCCACUAGAUGUUGGAAUAUUGCUGCGGGGACUGUCAGCCAUGAGCAUUAGUGAGGUCAGGCACUGAUGUUGGGCGAUUAGGCCUGGCUCACAGUCGGCGUUCCAAUUCAUCCCAAAGGUGUUUGAUGGGGUUGAGGUAAGGGUUCUGUGCAGGCCAGUCAAGUUCUUCCACACUGAUCUCGACAAACCAUUUCUGUAUGGACCUCUCUUUGUGCAUGAGAAUGUUGUCAUGCUGAAACAGGAAAGGGCCUUCCCCAAACUGUUUCCACACAGUUGGGAAGCACAGAAUCAUCUAGAAUGUUAUUGUAUGCUGUAGCUUUAAGAUUUCCCUUUACUGGAAUUAAGGAGCCUGAACCAUGAAAAACAGCCCCAGACCAUUAUUCCUCCUCCGCCAAACUUUACAGUUGGCACUAUGCAUUGGGGGCAGGUAGCAUUCUCCUGGCAUCCGCCAAACCCAGAUUGGUACGCCGGACUGCCAGAUGGUGAAGCGUGGUUCAUCACUCCAGAGAACCCAUUUCCACUGCUCCAGAGUCCAAUGGCGGCGAGCUUUACACCACUCCAGCCGACGCUUGGCAUUGCGCAUGGUGAUCUUAGGCUUGUGUGCGGCUGCUCAGCCAUGGGAACCCAUUUCGUAAAGCUCCCGACGAAACAGUUCUUGUGCUGACGUUGCUUCCAAAAGCAGUUUGCAACCGACAGACUAUUUUUAUGCGCUUCAGCACUCUGCGGUCCCAUUCUGUGAGCUUGUGUGGCCUACCACUUCACGGCUGAGCCGUUGUUGCUCCUAGACGUUUCCACUUCACAGUAAUACCACUUAAAGUUGACCAGGGCAGAAAUUUGACGAAUUGACUUGUUGGAAAGUUGGCAUCCUAUGACAGUGCCACGUUGAAAGUCACUGAGCUCUUCAGUAAGGCCAUUCUACUGCCAGUGUUUGUCUAUGGAGAUUGCAUGGCUGUGUGCUCGAUUUUAUACACCUGUUAGCAACAGGUGUGGCUGCAGUGGCCAAAUCCACUAAUGUAGACACCCCUUCAAAUACUUUGUGUAUAUAUUGUGUGUGUGUGUACUGAACAAAAAUAUGAACGCAACAUGUGAAGUGUUAGUCCCAUGUUUCAUGAGCUGAAAUAAAUCAAGCUUAUUUCUCUCAAAUUGAGCACAGAUAUGUUUACAUCUCUGUUAGUGAGCGUUUCCCCUUUGCCAAGAUAAUUCAUCCACCUGCCAGGUGUGGCAUAUCAAGAAUUUGAUUAAACAGCAUGAUCAUUAGAGGUGUACCUUGUACUGGGGACAAUAAAAGGCCACUCUAAAAUGUGCAGUUGUCACAACACAAUACCACAGAUGUUUUGAGGGAGUGUGCAAUUAGCAUGCUGACUACAGGAAUGUCCACCAGAGCUGUUGCUGGAGAAUUGAGUGUUCAUUUCUCUACCAUAAGCCGCCUCCAACAUCGUUUUAGAGCAUGUGGCAGUACAUCCAACAAGCCUCACAACUGCAGACCACGCGUAACGAUGCCAGCCCAGGACCUCCACAUCCGGCUUCUUCACCUGCGGGAUCGUCUGAGGGGGUGCUGAGGAGUAUUUCUGUCUGUAAUAAAGCCCAUUUGUGGGGAAAACUCAUUCUGAUUGGCUGGGCCUGGCUCCCCAGUGGGUGGCCCUAUGCCCUCCUAAGGGCCUAAUGAAUUUAUUUAAAUAGACUGAUUUUCCUUAUAUGAACUGUAACUCAGUGAAAUCUUUGAAAUAGUUGCACUUCUUUAUAUUUUUGUUCAGUAAUAUAUAAACAUCUGUAUUUUUUUUUACCAUGACAUUGUUUUGCGUUCAUUCAAAUCAACAGUAUUCAGCACUGCAUGGUAUCUGCAGCCAGUCGCUGUUCAUUACUCCGUGCAAGAGCAACUCGACAUAUGGCAUCGUUGGUCUCCAUGCCUCUUUGUGCCUGGAGUCCUGGUAUAUCUGUCGACAGACAUUUAUGCAGAAUGCAAACCUUGUGAUUUUACAUUUUAGUCAUUUAGCAGACGGGAGCAAUUAGGGUUAAGUGCCUUGCUCAAGGGCACAUCGACAGAUUUUUCACCUAGUCGGCUCGGGGAUUAGAACCAGCGACCUUUCAGUUACUGGCACAACGCUCUUAACCACAAAGCUACCUGCCGCCUCAUUUUCUUUACCCUAAAUAAAUACAGCAUGAAUUUAUUCUUAAAAAAUCUGGUGUCUAUUUCAAACCUCUGUAGCAGCGUUUCCCAAACUUGGUCCUGGGGACCUAAGGGGUGCACAUUUUGGUUUUUGCCCUAGCUCUACACAGCUGAUUCAUGUAAUCGACUUAUCAUCAAGCUUUGAUUAUUUGAAUCAGCUGUCUAGUGCUAGGACAACAACCAAAAAGUGCACCCUUUGGGGUCCCCAGGACUGAGGUUGGUAAACGCUGAACUAUAGGGUAUCAUUUGAGACACAAACUUUCAUGUGACUAACCAUUUUCCCGUUUCUACAGCCAAGAGUCCUACCACCACUCAGUCCCCCAAAUCCUCCUUCUUGGCCAGUCUGAACCCCAAGACCUGGGGCAAGCUAGGCGCCCAGACCAACAGCACCAACUCUGAGCCCUCUCGCACGGCCGGGGUGAGCGGCCUGGCACGCGCCCCUCCCAAGGACUCAGUCUCCAACAACAGGUACGACGAAGACGCUGGUGGUGAUGACAAAAGUGUUGAUUUUAAAACAGUGUUGGUAGUACUGAUGAUUAAGUUGGUAGUUUGGGUGGUUAUAAUAAUAGUGUUGGUGAUUAUCAUUGGCUCGCUCAGAAAAUGUUACUAGGGCUGCGUUCAUUACGAAAAAUUGUGUGCAUUGUUCAUUUAAACGGAAACGGUGCUGUUCUGAAAGAUCAGUUGGAAAUCGUGGAGGGGUUGGGUUGUGCAAAUAUGAGGAUUCAAAAUGCUCUGCUGCCUAUUUUAAAUACAUCACUCAUUGCUUCAAGCUACCCCCCUCCACACAGAACAUAUGUACCACAAACUCUGUUCAAGAGCAUUGAAUGUUUUGGGGAAAGGUGUCGUUCAGUAAACUGUCACGAAAUGUAGCAAGUGUUUAAUCCUGGGGUGUCAAAACAAAUUUUGCCCCGCAUUAGGCAUUCCCCCAAGGGCCUGAGAGCUGCACUUAAAAUUGAAUGGGUUUGAGGAUCCGGCCCUUGGCCGUAUGUUUGACCCCUGGUUUAAUUGAUCGUGCCCUGGCUGUCAAAUCUUCAAUUCCUGCUGGAUCCAAGCUCUCUCCCCUCAGACGACCUCUGCUUUGAGAGGGACUUACGGAAUCAGUGGUGUUGGUAGUGUUGGUGGUGAUGAUAAUGAUGAUGGGGUUUCCCCCCGUACAGGGAAAAGAUCAAGGCUUGGAUCAAAGAGCAGGCCUGUAAGUUUGUGGCGCGCUACUUCAACACUGAAAACAUUGAUGGCAGCAACCCUGCACUGAAUGUACUCCAGAGACUCUGCACCGCCACGGAACAGCUCAGCCUGCAGGUACUGUACUCCACAAGUCUCCCAUGUUGUAGUGUUGCACACGAUGAAAGUAAAUACGUAGUCAUUAGUUGACAUCUUGGAGACUGCUUUGGAGACCGUGUUCGCUAAUACUAAUUUGCGAAAACAGCAGUUUGUUUUGCUGUGCUGUUUUGCUGGUACAUGGUACUAUCUACAUUGCUAGCUAAUGACAAGGUCAUUAAGGUACGGUAGUGGGUGACUUGGGAUAUGAUAAUAACAUUCUUGACCGCUGUCACACACCCCUCCAGAUGGACGGUGGCGUGGAGUGCCUCGUGGAGAUCUGCAGCAUCGUGUCAGAGUCGGACGUGUCGUCGUUCGAGAUCCAGCACAGCGGCCUGGUCAAGCAGCUGCUGCUCUACCUGACCUCCAGCAGUGACCGUGACCUGGUCAGCCGUGACAUCCGCCUCAAGAGGUUCCUGCAUGUCUUCUACGGCUGCCCGGUAAGUCUUUUCGGCUGGUCAGAAGCACAGAACUAGAAUGAGAUUCUAUUUCCAUGGUCAGAAGCUUUCAUCCUUUCUCAGUAUCCAGUGACUGACAAUGUAGCCAACUCCAGUCUAUAAGGCCAUUUAGGCAGAGACUGGAGCUCAAGGCCCUAGUUAUUGGCUAUACAACUCAUGGCUCUAAAUACAGUAUAAAGCCAGUAUGCGGGUUUGCUCUCAGGCUAGAAUGAAUGGCGGCUGGUGUGUACGAGAACAAAUCUCUAGUGUUCAAAAGGUACUCACUCAAACGAGCCCCGCCCUCUGAGUUUUGUGGCCUACUUGAGUAUUGCAUCUAUCUAUUGCUUAUAAUAUUAUGUAGCCUAGACCAGUGUUUCCCAACUCUGGUCCUCGAGUACCCACAACAGCACAUUUUUGUUGUAGCCCCAGACAAAAACACCUGAUCCAACUCAUUGAGGGCUUGAUGAUUAGUUGACAAGUUGAGUCAGGUGUUUUUGUCCGGGGCUACAACAAAAAUGUGUGCUGUUGGGGGUAGUGGAGAACUGGAGUUGGGGAACACUUCCCUAGACAGUUUUUUUUUCUUCAUCCAAUUAUGUGACAUUUGAAAUUUCUGUUUUUGAUAUUCUUCUACAUAUUCCCUGUUAAUAUACAUUGACUUCCUAUUCGCAAGUAUCUUAUUAACUAUAUCUGCUUGCGCCAGUUAUGCACAGCAGGUGUCUUAAAUACAUGUCUCCAUUUGUUUGUACAGCACAGAUGAAGGCAUAAGGCUGAAACCUAUGCUCCUUUUUUAUUUAUACUGAACACAAAUAUAAACACAACAAUUUCAACGAUUUUACGGAGUUACAGUUCAUAUAAGGAAAUAAUUCAAUUGAAAUCAAUUAAUUAGGCCCUAAUCUAUGGAUUUUACAUGACUGGGAAUACAGAUAUGCAUCUGUUGGUCACAGAUACCUUAAAAAAAAAAGUACGGUCGUGGAUCAGAACCAGUGACCACUGUUUGCCUCAUGCAACAUGACAUCUCCUUCGCAUAGAGUUGAUUGUGGCCUGUGGAAUGUUGUCCCACUCCUCUUUAAUGGCUAUGUGAAGUUGCUGGAUAUUGGCGGGAACUGUAUCCUCACCUAAACCAGAUGUCAGCAGAGUUCUCAGCCAUUAUCCUCACCUAAACACUGGAACACGUCAUCGUACACGUCGAUCCAGAGCAUCCCAAACAUGCUCAAUGGGUGAGAUGUCUGACUAUGCAGGCCAUGGAAGAACUGGGACAUUUUUAGCUUCCAUGAAUUGUGUACAGAUCCUUGCGACAUGGGGCUGUGCAUUAUCAUGCUGAAACAUAAGGUGAUGGCGGCGGAUGAAUGGCAUGGCAAUGGGUCUCAGGAUCUCGUCACGGUAACUCUGUGCAUUCAAAUUGGCAAUUUGUCCGUAGCUUAUGCCUGCCUGCCCGUACCAUAACCCCACCGCCACCAUGGGGCACUCUGUUCACAAUGUUGACAUCAGCCAACCGCUCGCCCACACGACGCCAUACAUGUGGUCUGCGGUUAUGAGGCCGGUUGGACGUACUGCCAAAUUCUGUAAAACGACGUUGGAGGCGGCUUAUGGUAGAGAAAUUCACAUUCAAUUCUCUGGUAACAGCUCUGGACAUUACUACAGUCAGCAUGCCAAUUGCACACUCCCUCAACUUGAGACAUCUGUGGCAUUGUGUUGUGACAACUGCACCUUUUUGUGGCCUUUUAGUUACCCCAGCACAAGGUGCACCUGUGUAAUGAUCAUGCUGUUUAAUCAGCUCCUUGAUAUGCCACACCUGUCAGGUGGAUGGAUUAUCUUGUCAAAGGAGAAAUGCUCACUAACAGGGAUGUAAACAAAUUUGUGCACAACAUUUGAUAGCAAGCUUUUUGUGUAUGGAAAAUUUGUUCAGUGUAUUUUUAUAGCAUCUUGCACAUUCACCCUUGUAUUUUUUCAAGAAUGUAUUAAAUUAAGUAUAUUAUUUUUGCAUCUCGGCCUCCUUGGGUUAUUCCUUUUCAUGGUUUUGAGUGCCAGCACCUUUUGAACACUAAAUACAGUGACACAAUUGACUGCUAAACCAUGCUUUGUCAGCUGUUUUUUAACAACGGCAAAGUUCAAAGAUGGUUAUAGUUCGCAGGAAACAAAUGGAAUAAAAAUGACAAAGGGAGGAACUACCUAAACUUGUCCAACAAUAAAUGCUUAUUUUCAGUUGCAAAACAUUUUUAUACGAUGUGCCCUAAUGAAUGCGACCCUAGUCUUUGCAUGUUGUUUGAACCGUGUCCUUCCUGUGUUUUGCCCAUUCAGAUCCCGGGGAUGGAGCCGGCAGGCCGCCUGGAGCCGUCUGAGAACGGGCCCCUGCUGUCACUGGUGCACAAGAUGAACAACUGCCUUAGCCAGAUGGAGCAGUUCCCUGUCAAGGUGCAUGACUUCCCCAGUGGCAACGGCAACGGGAGCAGGUUAGUUCAUUUACCCAGUCCCAUCUCUUCCUUCAGUCUCUUCGUUUUUUUGUUCCAAAAACCCUCUCUUUUUAAUGUCAGUCAUUCACUAGUCCAUUCACUAGUGUGUGGUUACUUAAUGAGUGAUGCCCAUUGGCCCUAUUGAAGUCUAUAUGGGUAUAGGUGAAGGAAGGUACUUGCCAGUAUUGACCUCUGUAUCAUUGUGAUUUUGUCUGUUGACUGGUGGUGUGUGUGUGUGUGUGUGUGUGUGUGUGUGUGUGUGUGUGUGUGUCUCCUUCAGAGGGUCUCAGGCCCUGAAGUUCUUCAACACACACCAACUCAAGUGUCAGCUGCAGAGGCACCCGGACUGCACCAAUGUGAAGCAGUGGAAGGGGGGCCCGGUGAAGAUCGACCCCCUGGCCUUGGUACAGGCCAUUGAACGCUACCUGGUGGUCCGAGGUGAGCACUGGGAAAUGUCUCUUUGCUUUGAGUCACUGACUUAAGGCUUUUCACUCCGUGAGGAGCAUAGGUCACCCACAAAUAAUCUUCACCGAACUGGGGUGGUUUCUCAAGUUCCUUCCCAGAGUAUUUCUGUUCUUCCUUCUCUGUUGGAAGAAUAGUAUGUCUCCUUUUAUUACUGACAUUUAUGGGUAACAUGCUGAUGUGUCUCUACAGGUUACGGACGAAUCAGAGAGGAGGAUGAGGACAGCGAUGAUGAUGGUUCAGACGAUGAAAUUGAUGAAUCUCUGGUACGUGUCUACAAUGUCCUUUCAAAAUACCCUCCAUAUCAGAUCAUAACUUCAUCUACCCCCACCAGUAACUAAUUAUGUUACCUCCAACCCUAACUUGACCGUCUAUCCCGGUCCAGGCGGCCCAGUUCCUGAACUCUGGCAGCGUGCGCCACCGGCUACAAUUCUACAUCGGCGACCACCUGCUGCCCUACAACAUGACUGUGUACCAGGCGGUGCGGCAGUUCAGCCUGCAGGCCGAGGAGGAGAGAGAGUCCACGGACGACGAGGCCAACCCGCUCGGACGGGCUGGCAUCUGGACCAAAACCCACACCAUAUGGUAUCCCCUUUACGCUGGCUGGCCACACACACCAGUCUCAAUAGGCUGGACUGGUUAACAAACACAAUGGACUGAUGUUUGUAGUGGGUGGCUGUUAGGGUUGUGCAGUGUAGCCACCUUCCCUGAGAUGCGACACACACACACACACACACACACGUGUCCAUCGACGGCUGAGUUGGUGAGCAAAUGCAACUAACUGACAUGGCAAUGUAGUCACUUUCCCCGAGAUGAUUUCCACAGACACAUUCUCUCUCUAUCCCAUCAGGUAUAAGCCAGUGAGGGAGGAUGAGGAUGGCACUAAGGAUGCGGUGGGAGGGAAGAGGGGCCGGGCACAGACCGCCCCCACCAAGACCUCGCCCCGCAAUGCCAAGAAACAGGACGAGCUGUGGCACGGUAGGAACCACCACCACCACCACUUCUGGGCCUAGAUGGGUGGGAGUCUGUGUUGUCUACUAGCCUGGCGACUGAGAGACCAGUUCUGCUUGUUUCUUUUGUAGUGCAACUCUAAAGUACUCAUUACAGUGGAGAGGAAGUGAUCUGACCUGCUACUCCUGCUUGAAACAAGUUGUUAGUGGACCUUUCGCUAAGCCCUGCCCCCUUGGUUACUGUUGCAACCAUUUUCGCGAGAAGCCCAAUUCCCCUUUUUCAAACCACUGGAGAAAACCCCUCACAAUGAUCCUUAAGUCUUUGACUCACCCGUGCGUCAAUAUAAGUAACUUCAAUCUAAAAAAAACCCAUCGAAAUCCGUCAGUUUAAGCUAGAGAGAUGUUUUUUGGCCUGGGUUGUCUCUCAAUCCACCAUAUCUGCCUAUGUCCGCCUUCCGCAUCUGCGGUGGUAACCCAUUCAUCUGAAGGUAACCCAUUACAAAUGUAUGGAGGUAGUUUUGUGGAAACAAAAGUAAGGGGUUAAAUAUUUCCCCAAAACAAUAUUAUCGAAUGGUCAAUUGGCUUUUUUUUGACCAUCUGAAUGAAUGUGACCUGAGAUGACCUGUUAACACAAACCCACAUAUAUUGGCUGUCUAAUCAAUUAAUCAAAUGUAUUUCUAAAGCUUUUUUUUUUUUUACAUUAGCUGUUGUCCCAAAGUGCUUUUGCACCAACCCCCUGGCCAAAGGGCUUUGACAGUCUUAAAUGUCACCCUAUUCUCCACACCGUAUUACUUUGAAAGUUGUGCACUCCAUAGGAGAUUUGACCAUUGUAUCACCUACACUAAAUCUGCCCAUUCACAUCCUUAUCUCAUACUAUACAUUUUGCCAUGUCAGUUUAGCUACUACAUAUCUGGGUCGUAUUCAUUGGGCACAAAACAUGAGAAAAUUAUUGAAACAGGAAGGGACUACCUGCCCUUGUCCAAUAAGAAAUGUUUACAAACGUUACAAACUGUUUUGCUACCGUGUGCACUAAUGAAUAUGACCCUGACUUGCUGUCUCUCCCCUGCCAGACGGCGUGUGUCCCAGCGUGGCCAGCCCCUUGGAGAUGUACCUCAUGUCGGAGCCCCCGGAGAGCAUCACCUUUGACGACCCGUCUCUGGACGUCAACCUGCUGCUGAGGGUGCUGCACUCCAUUAGUAGUUACUGGUUCUACCUUUACGACGUGAGUAGCCUGUCCUAUCCUCUCUCCACCUCGCAGAUACUGGCUCUAACUUCACUAACUGAACAACAUACUGGUUGAGUCCCACAUAGCACUCUAUAACCUUUUAUAGUGCACUACUUUUGACCAGGGCCAAUACGACUCUGGUCAAAGCUAGUGCACCAUGUAGGGAAUAAGUUGCCAUUUGUGACACAAGCCUGUAGGUCUGCCUCCAACAUAUUCCACUGUCUGUGUCAUGCAUGUUCUACUUAAUGCUAAUUAUAUCUUUAUAGUCUUUGUGGGCUUGUAGGAGGUAAACCAGAGUGUACCAUGACUAUAACUGUCUGCUAGCUAGACAGCCCUGUUAGUGCACACAGUUGCCCAAAAUAACUGUCCUUUUUGCAUUCAAACAGAACCUAGCCGCCUGUGUCUUUGUCUCCCUUUGCUUCAGAGAGGCAGAGGCACUCCGUUGUUGUUGUAGUUCCAGUAGAUUGAGGUUGUUGUUAUUUUCAGAAUGCUGUGUCUAAGGAGAUCAUCCCCACCAGUGAGUUCAUCAACAGUAAGCUGACAGCCAAGGCCAACCGACAGCUGCAGGACCCUCUGGUCAUCAUGACCGGCAACAUCCCCACCUGGCUCACAGAGCUCGGCAAGACCUGGUAACUCAUCAGACUACUUUUCAGCUCAUAAACAUCCAUUGGUUCAGAACACACAAAAACCUGCCUAGCUUUAGUUUUUCUGAAUAUUUGGCCUAGUAUUCACUAAUGUAAUGUCCUCAAACUGCAUGUCUAGACGAGGGUUGGGGACAAUUUAAAUUCAGGAAGUAAACUGAAACUUCAAUUCCAAUUUUCUCUAAUAGGCACAAGAUUAACCCCACAAAAUAACAACUGAAUAUAUACACUAUUUUAUUAGGUAAAACACCCCUUCCACGAAAAUGGAUCGUUCCUACAGACAGUGAGUCACGUGGCUAGCUAUGUAAAGCAGGCAUCGAGGCAUUCAGUUACUGUUCGAUUGAAUGUUAGAAUGGGCAAAACUAGUGACCUAAGCGACUGAGCGUGGUAUGAUCAUCAGUGCCAGGCACGCCGGAUCCAGUAUCUCAGAAACUGCCGCACUCCUAGGCUUUUCACACCCGUCAGUGUCUAGGGUUUACCGAGAAUGGUGCGACAAACAAAAAAACAUCCAGUCAGGAUGUGGGCGAAAACCUGAUAGGCGAAAACCUGAUGAGAAAGGUCGAAGGAGAAUGGCAAGAAUCGUGCAAACUAACAGGCGGGCCACAAACAGACCAAUAACGGUGCAGAACGGCAUCUCAGAAUGCACAACUCGUCGAUCCUUGUUACAGAUGGGCUAUUGCAGCAGACGACCACACCGGGUUCCCCUCCUAUCAGCUAAAAACGAGAAGUGGCUCCAGUGGCCACGCGAUCACCAACACUGGACAAUUGAGGGGUAGAAAAACAGCCUGGAACAUGAAAGCAAGUUUAGUUUUCUUGAGUGGCCUGCGCAGUCCCCAGACCUCAACCCAAUAGAACAUCUUUAGGAUGAGAUGGAACGGGCUGUUUGCAGCAUGAAUGUCCAAUCUGCAGCAACUGCGUGAUGUCAGCGUGGACCAACAUCCCUGUGGAACGUUUCCGACACCUUGUAGAAUGCCCCGUAGAAUUCAGGCUGUUCUGGAGGCAAAAUGGGGUCCGAUCCGGUACUACACUGAAUAAAAAAUAUAAACGCAACAUGCAACAAUUACAACGUUUUUAGUUAGUUACAGUUCAUGUAAGGAAAUCAGUCAAUUUAAAUAAAUAAAUUAGGCCUUAAUCUAUGGAUUAAAUAUGACUGGGUAUACAGAUAUGCUGACAUUUUUUGGGAUCUUUUAAUUUUCACCUCAUAAACAUGGGACCAACACUUUACGUGUUGCAUUUUAUAUUUUUGUUCUGUAUAGAUGGGUGUACCUAAUAAACUGUCCGGUGAGUGUGUAUAUAUGCCAUGCAUUUUGACCAAUUAUUUUGUCACUCCUCUCCCUCCUCCCCAGUCCCUUCUUCUUCCCGUUCGACACACGCCAGAUGCUCUUCUAUGUAACGGCGUUUGACCGCGACCGGGCCAUGCAGCGCCUCCUCGACACCAACCCCGAGAUCAACCAAUCAGAUUCUCAGGACAGCCGCGUUGCGCCCCGCCUCGACAGGAAAAAGGUGUUGAAUAUGUUAGAAUGAUGUUGGUGUAAUGUCACAUAAUCAGGUCAAUGGAUGCAUUUCAAAUGCCUUUCUGGAAUAGAAGAGUGGACGUCCCCAAUUAAUUAUCCAGCCAGCUCAUCUGCUUUUUGUACCCUACCGACUCCUGUUUGUCUUUUCACUAACUCCACCUUUCUGCUCGUCCCCCUCUGUCUCUAGCGAACGAUAAACCGUGAGGAGCUGCUGAAGCAGGCGGAGUCAGUGAUGCAGGACCUAGGCAGCUCCAGAGCCAUGCUGGAGAUCCAGUAUGAGAACGAGGUACAGUACACGCAUUCACACCCUCAUUACAGAGCACUAUUCAAUCACCUCUAUUUUAAGUUCUUCCCUCUCAUAAAAAGUAAGGUACCACAGAACCCGGAGUCGUCUGGGGGGGUUGAUUUUGAACAUGACCCUAGACUUAUCUGGAUAGAAGCUCAUCUCUCCUCCCUCUAUUUCUUUCUCUCUCUCCCUCCCUCUUUUCCUUUUCUCUCUCAUCUUACUCGCUGUCUCGCUCUCUCCCUUCCUCCCCCCUGUCCUUCUGUCAGGUGGGCACAGGGCUGGGUCCCACCCUGGAGUUCUACGCCCUGGUCUCCCAGGAGCUGCAGAGGGCCGACCUCGGGCUGUGGAGGGGUGAGGAGGUCACCCUGUCCAACCCCAAAGGUAACUUUUUACUCCAACCCUCUUCCCCAGAUUUGCCUCUAAAUAGGAGCUCCUAAAAACGUUUUAGAAGCAAUUUCUGCAACAAAUCAACUACCGUUAUUUGGACAGAAAUGUGAUUUAUUUUAGAUAUAAAAGCACUCCUACAGUUUUCCAAGAUGUGCCUGGGUGGCAACUGUUUAGUCACAUCAUGCUGAGAUAGGGAUUCCUGAUGAGGACUUGUCUUUGAGACCUAUAUUGGAACAACUCUUCCUCUCCCUAAAUUUCCUCUCUUCUCCACCAUCUUGUUUUCCCUCUCCCAGGAAGCCAAGAAGGGACCAAGUACAUGUUCAGCUCCCGAGGGCUGUUUGCCGUUCCCUUCGGCAGGACAACCAAACCGGCGCACAUCGCCAAAAUCAAGAUGAAGUUCCGCUUCCUGGGCAAGCUGAUGGCCAAGGCCAUAAUGGACUUCAGACUGGUAAACAUUAACACUUUGUUGUACCUCUGACCAGUGGACCAGUCUCUGUGUAGUCUCCAAUGCUAAUGCUUCUAGCCUUUCUAUUUAGUCCUUUUGGAGUGGUUUUUACACUUGCAUUACUUCACUUAAGCCCUGUUUGCUUGGUUUGCAGGAAUAAAGUUGGGUGAUUUUAACUCUCCUCUUCUACAGCCCUCCUAUAUGCUCUCACCUUUCAAGCAUAGUUUUACAUUCACCUGAACCUCUCAGUAGGGAGCCCUCUGCUACUCUAACACCUCUGUCUCCUCUCCACUCCCUCCCAGCUGGACCUGCCCCUAGGGCUGCCCUUCUACAAGUGGAUGCUGCGGCACGAGACGUCCAUCAGCUCCCACGACCUGGUCAACAUCGACCCGGGUGUGGCCAAGUCCAUCCAGCACCUGGAGGACAUCAUCCGCCAGAAGAAGAGGCUGGAGCAGGACCGCUCCCAGGUCAGCCCAAUACACAACCUCCCCAGACGCAUCUAACCUCGUAGUCAUUACAAUUUGUCUUUGGUGUUGAGAACUUGGACGCUCUUACGGAGAUCUUUCUCAGCGAUGGCGUUCGUAGUGGUAUCUAUAGUAAGGCUUGAUUUACACUCCACUAGACAUCCGCUUUGUGACUCUCCCCACGCACUGCGCAAAGGACUCCGCAGUCCGCACGGAAAUAUAAUGCGUGUCAGAAUGUACAACUUUACCCAAGUGUCAGUGAUGAUUUGCUAAGGAUAGUACUUGGAGUGUAAACCCAGCCUAACUUCUGAGUUCAACCAUUAUGUCCCCUACCUUUUCAGAUUGAUGCUCCACCAUGUUACGUUCCCCAUAUUCAUAAAAGGCUUGUUUCCUCCUUGUGUGUGUCUCCUAGACGAGGGAGAACCUGCAGCAGGCUCUGGAGAGUCUCAACAUGAAUGGCUGCUCUGUGGAGGACCUGGGCCUGGACUUCACCCUGCCCGGUUUCCCCAACAUCGAGCUGAAGAAGGGGGGCAAGGACAUCCCCGUCACCAUUUACAACCUGGAGGAGUACCUCAGGGUGGGUUGGACUUUACAGACAAACACACAGAGCUCCUACAUAUAGACUCUCCACACACCAGUGUCCACCUCUUAUGGAGCUGACCGUUGGUCCCCUUCUCUCCACAGCUGGUGGUCUACUGGACGAUGAACGAAGGCGUGUCCCGGCAAUUUGAGUCUUUCAGGGAAGGGUUCGAGUCGGUCUUCCCUCUGCAUCACUUGCAGUAUUUCUACCCUGAAGAGGUGAGUACUGUUUAUCGCUAAUCCCAAGAAACAACUAUUUAUUUAGCUGUUCUGUUUGUCUUCAGGAUGUCACGUUGCUAACCCCCUCUGUGCUCUCCCAUCCGCCUGUAGUUGGAUCAGCUGCUUUGUGGCAGCAAGUCCGAGACCUGGGAUGUCAAGACCCUGAUGGAGUGCUGUCGUCCCGACCACGGCUACACGCAUGACAGGUGAGCUACUCCACCCCCAAGAGCUCUGACCAGACCUACAUUGAGUGUCAUGUUUAGGACUUGUCAGAGUGCAGUGGUUUGAUGUGUUAUGUUUCUCUCCACAGUCGUGCUGUGAGGUUCCUGUUUGAUGUGCUCAGCAGUUUUGACGCAGAGCAGCAGAGACUCUUCCUGCAGUUUGUCACAGGAAGCCCCAGGCUGCCUGUUGGAGGUGAGUUGUCAUACAUACAAACAGUUGAAGUCGGAAGUUUACAUACACUUAGGUUGGAGUCAUUAAAACUCGUUUUUCAACCACUCCAUAAAUUUCUUGUUAACAAACUAUAGUUUUGACAAGUCGGUUAGGACAUCUACUUUGUGCAUGACACAAGUAAUAUUUCCAACAAUUGUUUACAGACAGAUUAUUUCAAUUAGAAUUCACUGUGUCACAAUUCCAAUGGGUCAGAAGUUUACAUACACUAAGUUGACUGUGCCUUUAAACAGCUUGGAAAAUUCCAGAAAAUGAUGUCAUGGCUUUAGAAGCUUCUGAUUGACAUCAUUUGUGUCAAUUGGAGGUGUACCUGUGGAUGUAUUUCAAGGCCUACCUUCAAACUCAGUGCAUCUUUGCUUGACAUCAUGGGAAAAUCAAAAGAAAUCAGCCAAGACCUCAGAAAAAGUCUGGUUCAUCCUUGGGAGCAAUUUCUAAACGCCUGUAGAUGCUGGAGGAAACGGGUACAGAAGUAUCUAUAUCCACAGUUAAACGAGUCCUAAAUCGACAUAACCUGAAAGGCCGCUCAGCAAGGAAGAAGCCACUGCUCCAAAACCACCAUAAAAAAAGCCAGACUACGGUUUGCAACUGCACAUGGGGACAAAGAUCGUACCUUUUGGAGAAAUGUCCUCUGGUCUGAUUAAACAAAAAUAGAACUGUUUGGCCAUAAUGACCAUUGUUAUGUUUGGAGGAAAAAGGGGAAGGCUUGCAAGCCGAAGAACACCAUCCCAACCGUGAAGCACGAGGGUGGCAGCAUCAUGCUGUGGGGGUGCUUUGCUGCAGGGGGGACUGGUGCACUUCACAAAAUAGAUGGCAUCAUGAGGAAGGAAAAUUGUGGAUAUAUUGAAGCAACAUCUUAAGACAUCAGUCAGGAAGUUAAAGCUUGGUCGCAAAUGGGUCUUCCAAAUGGACAAUGACCCCAAACAUACUUCCAAAGUUGUGGCAAAAUGGCUUAAGGACAACAAAGUCAAGGUAUUGGAGUGGCCAUCACAAAGCCCUGACCUCAAUCCUAUAGAACAUGUGUGGGCAGAACUGAAAAAUUGUGUGAGCAAGGAGGCCUACAAACCUGACUCAGUUACACCAGCUCUGUCAGGAGGAAUGGGCCAAAAUUCACCCAACUUAUUGUGGGAAGCUUGUGGAAUGCUACUCAAAACGUUUGACCCAAGUUAAACAAUUUUAAAGGCAAUGCUUACAAAUACUAAUUGAGUGUAUGUAAACGUCUGACCCACUGGGAAUGUGAUGAAAGAAAUAAAAGCUUAAAUCAUUCUCUCUACUAUUAUUCUGACAUUUCACAUUCUUAAAAUAAAGUGGUGAUCCUAACUGACCUAAGAUAUACUUUUUACUAGGAUUUAAUGUCAGGAAUUGUGAAAAACUGAGUUUAAAUGUAUUUGGCUAAGGUGUACAGUGGGGAAAAAAAGUAUUUAGUCAGCCACCAAUUGUGCAAGUUCUCCCACUUAAAAAAAUGAGAGAGGCCUGUAAUUUUCAUCAUAGGUACACGUCAACUAUGACAGACAAAUUGAGAUUUUAUUUUCCAGAAAAUCACAUUGUAGGAUUUUUAAUGAAUUUAUUUGCAAAUUAUGGUGGCAAAUAAGUAUUUGGUCACCUACAAACAAGCAAGAUUUCUGCCUCUCACAGACCUGUAACUUCUUCUUUAAGAGGCUCCUCUGUCCUCCACUCGUUACCUGUAUUAAUGGCACCUGUUUGAACUUGUUAUCAGUAUAAAAGACACCUGUCCACAACCUCAAACAGUCACACUCCAAACUCCACUAUGGCCAAGACCAAAGAGUUGUCAAAGGACACCAGAAACAAAAUUGUAGACCUGCACCAGGCUGGGAAGACUGAAUCUCCAAUGGGUAAGCAGCUUGGUUUGAAGAAAUCAACUGUGGGAGCAAUUAUUAGGAAAUGGAAGACAUACAAGACCACUGAUAAUCUCCCUCGAUCUGGGGCUCCACGCAAGAUCUCACCCCGUGGGGUCAAAAUGAUCACAAGAACGGUGAGCAAAAAUCCCAGAACCACACGGGGGGGACCUAGUGAAUGACCUGCAGAGAGCUGGGACCAAAGUAACAAAGCCUACCAUCAGUAACACACUACGCCGCCAGGGACUCAAAUCCUGCAGUGCCAGUACAUGUCCAGGCCCGUCUGAAGUUUGCUAGAGUGCAUUUGGAUGAUCCAGAAGAGGAUUGGGAGAAUGUCAUAUGGUCAGAUGAAACCAAAAUAGAACUUUUUGGUAAAAACUCAACUCGUCGUGUUUGGAGGACAAAGAAUGCUGAGUUGCAUCCAAAGAACACCAUACCUACUGUGAAGCAUGGGGGUGGAAACUUCAUGCUUUGGGGCUGCUUUUCUGCAAAGGGACCAGGACGACUGAUCCGUGUAAAGGAAAGAAUGAAUGGGGCCAUGUAUCGUGAGAUUUUGAGUGAAAACCUCAAGGGGAAGCAAGGGCAUUGAAGAUGAAACGUGGCUGGGUCUUUCAGCAUGACAAUGAUCCCAAACACACCGCCCGGGCAACGAAGGAGUGGCUUCGUAAGAAGCAUUUCAAGGUCCUGGAGUGGCCUAGCCAGUCUCCAGAUCUCAACCCCAUAGAAAAUCUUUGGAGGGAGUUGAAGGUCUGUGUUGCCCAGCGACAGCCCCAAAACAUCACUGCUCUAGAGGAGAUCUGCAUGGAGGAAUGGGCCAAAAUACCAGCAACAGUGUGUGAAAACCUUGUGAAGACUUACAGAAAACGUUUGACCUGUGUCAUUGCCAACAAAGGGUAUAUAACAAAGUAUUGAGAAACUUUUGUUAUUGACCAAAUACUUAUUUUCCACCAUAAUUUGCAAAUAAAUUCAUUAAAAAUCCUACAAUGUGAUUUUUUGGAGAAAAAAAUUCUCAAUUUGUCUGUCAUAGUUGACGUGUACCUAUGAUGAAAAUUACAGGCCUCUCUCAUCUUUUUAAGUGGGAGAACUUGCACAAUUGGUGGCUGACUAAAUACUUUUUUUCCCCACUGUAUGUAAACUUCCGACUUCAACUGUACAUACAUAUAUACACACUCACUCACCAUACACACUUGAAGAAUUGUUGUGCCUCAAAGUUGCGUGGUCCCGUUCUCAGAUUUGAGGUUUGAACAACCCACACUUUGGGUGACAUGUUUUCCGAGUGCGAUGCACUUUAACUGCAGUCAUGUCGCGCCCUCAUGCACUUAGUAAAGAAAUGAACGGGACACCGCUCACCCUACACACAAAUACACAUUAAGACCGUAGACCUCAAGUACAGAGAAUGGGACGAGGCAAAGGCAUGUUAAGUAUGUCGACAGACGAAUCCAACCAUGGCUCAGUUUUGAUCAGAUUCUGAGCAUGCCACUGCUCUCUCCUCCAGGUUUCCGUAGUCUGAACCCACCGCUGACCAUCGUGCGGAAGACUUUUGAGUCGACGGAGAACCCGGACGACUUCCUGCCGUCGGUUAUGACCUGCGUCAACUACCUGAAGCUGCCCGACUACUCCAGCAUCGAGAUCAUGCGCAAGAAACUGUUGAUUGCGGCCCGCGAGGGCCAGCAGUCCUUCCACCUGUCCUGA